AUGGAUCUACGUGGGAGCAGAGGGCCAGCAAUUGGCCAGGACCUGAGGGUUCAGGGGUUAGGUUUAAGCAUUUCAACCUCAGCGAUGCCUGUCAGUUCACUCAUAUCAGCAGUGAGGCAGCAGGACUACUCAGCCAGCGUCUGGCUCCGCAGGAGGGAAAAACUCGAACAUGUAAGUUCUUGAGUUUUGGAGUUUGGAGAAUGAUUGAGGGAUGCUAAAAAGCUGAUGAAAAUACAGGGAGACCUUACUUUGUGAUGUGAAUCUGUCAGUUAACAAAAAAAAAGACAUUUAGCAUUUGUAUGUUUGUAAUGGAAUAAUUAUAGCUUUGAUUGAAAGGUGAGGCAAAAGGUGCGCUCCUUAAGACCUCCCAAGCUCUCUAUUUGUCAAUCUGCCAUUCUGCAAUUUUGCAAAACUUAAAUUAUUUUAACAACAUAGAAAUAUCAUGAGGCAAAAAGUGUUUAGAAGUCAGAUCUGCUGUUACAGGUUUUUCUUGAGUCAAAUCUGGAUACAAUAGGUUUUUCUGUGGUCACUAUUACAGGCUGUCAACAAGUCCCAAUGAAAUGAGCUCAUCUUUUUCCAAAGUCAAAAUGGCAUCCCAAAAAGACUUGGCGAUACAAUUUUGAAGAUAUAAUAAUUAGUAAAUCUAAAACACUACGUCUUUUUAUGUUUCUCUUAAAAGAAAAAUCAGUGGACAAAAGGACAGAAUAAAUGUUUUUUCCAAGAACAUUUGGACCUGAAAGGCACUGUUGAAAGCUUUCAUGUUCUGCUUUUUUUAGUGACCCCUUGGGAUGAACUCUGUAUUUUUCUGAAAUAAAGACCAUAUCCCCCAUGAGCGCCACUAUUGCGAAGAUUUGACCCUUGCCAAAGCAUGCAUUUUGUUGAGCACGAAAAUAAAUGAAAUCUAGAUCGAGUUUUAUUACUUAACUUUGUUCAGGACAACUUUUUGUAGUAUGCAGAGUGAAAAGAUUACAUGUUGAUUUUUAACAACAAAUGGAUAUCAUGAAAUGCUUCAGUGUAAGAGUGGAACUAUUUUUAAACUUGUUAAAAACUUUGCAUAGUCCCUUAAGUUAGAUUACCAGAGUUAGUCUAGCGAUAAAACCUCAAGGCAUGUAGUAUGUGAGUGCUAGAUAUCAAUGCUAGUAUUAAUCCAAAAGCACAAUCUUGUGUUACAUGGGCUACACUGGGUCGUUUCCAGAACUGUGUGAAAAGUGGAAACUACAAGCAAAAACCUUAAACCACUAUGACACCUUAUAUCAGUCAUUUCAUGCAAAGAGUCGAAUAUUUAUUGUCCUGCAGAAUCUACAGUGUCUCUGCUCUCAGUUGUUAUAAAUUUCUGUAUCACUUGAAGUGCAUAAACUACUUGAUAAUGGAAAUAACCUCCAUUUGUAAUUGUCACUUUUAUUCCAUAAGAAAGUUUGCCAUAUCACAAUAUAGUAUGGCACCGUGAAAGAGAAACAAUGGUAAGUAAUUCAAACUUGAAUUACUUACCAUUGUCUAAACCCUUGUUUAGAACAGAGAGUUCAAGUUCGUAAAAUUUGCAUGCUGUGGGAGGUCUCCGACAAGCCUUCGACUCUGCACUCUAAACUGUCUUCUUUCCUGCCUUUGUGAUGUCAAGUACUCACUUUUGUUUUCUAUUACAAAGGAGUGAUAAGGUGCCUAGGAGACUCACUGCUAGCAGGUAAACAGAAUCAGCAUUCUACAGAGAGCCUUUAGGUGUAGAGAUUAAGCGUCGGGGAAAGGACUUGGAAAUGUGUGUGUUGAAUAUUUGAUGCCGGAGAGAAACAGCGCCGCGUCCAGAGAGCUGCUUUCAAAGCUUGUCUGCAUAACCAACUAGGGUGAUGAAUCAGCCUGUCCUAUUUCACACACACACAUACUGUACACUGCAGUUUAACACACACAUACAGUAUACUGUAACUGUUUUGCAGACAUCAGACCAUGCACAUAAACAAGCUUGUUUUCCUGCUGCAGUUGCUGAACAGACAAUGGAUUUUGCAGUUGAACUUCACUCCAGAUUGACCCAGAGACAAUCAAUAUGACAUAAUCUCUCAGCUGUCAACUCCCAAUACAAAUCUUAGCACCAGUGGCAGGAUCUAUUAACUAAUAUUGUGUUAGGAACAUGUUGUUUCAUCUCUCCAUUCAUGACAAUCAGAUUAUUACAUGAUGGGGUUUUCUUUAAGGGAUUUAACUGGGACACACCUAGAACAAAAGAGCAAGACCUAACAUGCUGACAUCAGUGAUCAAUGUAAAAUAAGAUGGAGGAGAAUGAGAUAAGACACGGAAACUGAGUGCUUCAGGCAGGCUGAGUGUAGCUGUCUAAAACAAUGCGGUUCAAGUAUCAGCCUGAGCAUUGACUUGUCAGACCCAGAGUCAGAAAACAGAUAAUCAUUUCUAACUUUAACCUACGUUUUUUGUUGUACCUUUCAAUCCACACGAGCCUUUCUUUUUCUAGAAAUCUAGAUUUAUGAGACAUUUUAAUUUAAGUGGAUAACCACGAAACAUUACAUGUAAAUAACUGUAAAUAUUAUUAAUAAUGAUUUAUCAGUUUAGGUAGUGUCCAAAAAAUCGAGACUCAUCUAAGAUAAUUGUUAAAUACAGUGACAUUGUUCACCAAAUGAAUUUUUAAAACAACGGGUCAGUAGAGAAUAAAGUUACGUAAUUGACAUUUAGUGGAAGUAACUUGCUGUAAUAAGGAGUUUUAAUGACCAACCAUGACCAUUCUUUUUCCCAUUAAGAAUGGGACCCUUAUCUGGCAGGCUGAUGACAAGAAAAAACGUAUCAAAUCAAAUCAUCUCACAAUACACGCCAAUGUAAAUAUACCAGAAUUAUCACAAUAGCUACAUUUCAUCUGCUGUCCUAGGGCAGGUAACUAUAAAAAGAGCAGAAAGCAGAUUUUAAGUAACAGGACACCUCACUGCACAACUCACAAGACUGUACACAGAAAAUACAGUUUUAACAAACAAGAUGGACAUAAUAUUUACAUAAUAACUCAAAAAUAGAAAUCUAUCUAAAAGCAGGAUUGUUUCAGUAAAACAAAUGUCAUCCAAAAAAGUAAUCAGAAGUAAUAAAAAGGUGAACUACAAGAGAGAAAUCUACAAAACUGAAGAUGCCACAUAAAAAAAACUUUUCAGUGCCAUUUUCAAAAAGAUGGAUGGAUAAGUGGAAAGGAAAUGCCUCAGAUUCUGACAGUGAUGUAGUAAACAGCACUGAUUCAUACAAAACCAUCACACCUCCAUGAGCUGAAAUUUUCAGCUUAAUGUGAGUCUUAACAGCCAGGUGAGCUCAUUUAAAGAAAGCAACAGAGUUAACUGUUUCUAUAGAUGCAGCUAAAACUGGGAGAUGAAGAGUGUUUUAAACAGAAGUAACAUCAUCAUUGUGAUAUUUAACAUUUUCCAGAUCAAUAACUGAUAAUACUUCCAAUUCCCUAAAUAGAUAGCAAUAUGGUAAGUGGGAUAAUGUGGAUAGGGCUAGUUGUUAUAGUGAGGAAUCCCUUUUGUUUCAGAAAUUCUCACAUCGCAUUAGAGUCCUGCUCACCCCGUCAGUCUACUAUAACAACCCACUCACUAUACAUAACCCCAAAUCUAACACCUGAAUUAAUCCUUUUUUUGUUCUCAGAGUUUACUCUAUUUCAAGUGUCAUACACUCUCGUCCAGUAAGUGGAUCUAAAUGGAGGGACACGCUGAUAGUUAUUAGCUUGUAUCUUCCUGGGUAUGUUUCUUUAACCCAUCUCUCCUUUCUAUUACAAGAGCAGAUGCUGACUUAUUCAUUUCUGCUCAUGAGCAGUGUGGUUCCUGAGGCUGCUUUUAUAAAAGUGCAUCUAAGUGCCUUUAAUACCAUUAGCAGUCUGUGGGGAAUGGCUGCAAGGAUACUCCAUUAUUUUAUGUUAGCAUUGUCCUGGCCCUUGUAGUUAGUGCUAAUUGCUUAUAUUCCACGCAUUUGGUUUUCAAAUGCAAAUUACAGAAGAAAGUAAAUCAGCAUAUUAAGUUUCUUGUAAGUCUCCUGUUUCAAUUACAGGAUCCAAAGAUUUUAACAGUGUCCUCUUAAGGUGGACUUAAAGCAAGGUUGAGGCAGCAGUUUACAGCCAGGUGGGUAUGCUUAGUCCAGAUCAAAGUCAGUGAAGUCUCCCAGAUGAAUUUUAGGGUUGGCAGCUCAGAGUAGAGCUGGCUCCGCAGCCUGAUUGCAUUUCCAAUUUCAUGGUGUCUGUGCUGAUGUAUAGACCCCGGUCCAAGAACAAGGUGGUCAAAGUAUAUAGGCCCCUGAGGCUUUCUUUCCUGGAUACAUUCAGUCUAAGAGAUUUGAUAUAUCUUUACCGUAGGCUGUUUGGGAUUAAGGAUAAUUAUGUAAGGGACUGAGGAAGAGAGUUAAGGAGGUAUAGGAACUUUUUUUAAAGCUAAAAAUGAGGAACCAAAAGGAUUUCAAUCAAUCAAUCAAUCAAAUUUUAUUUAUAUAGCACUUUACAAUAUCCCAAAUGGUACCCAAAGUGCUUUACAUAAAAGCAAUAAAAUAACACAAGAAAAAAUACCAUUAUAAAAUAAUACAAUAGAAUAGAAUAAUACAAGAACGAUGAAAUAAUAAAAAUGAAUAUGAAAAUAAAAUAAUACAAUAAAAUAGUAUGUAGAAGUGCUAAAAACCUAUAAGUACAGGACUACCUAGUCAGAGUUAAAAGCAAGUCUAAAAAGGUGCGUCUUUAACUUUGAUUUAAAUAAACUGAGGUCAGUGGUGGUGCGUACAUCUAGCGGCAGUCUGUUCCACAGCCUAGGAGCUGCAACAGCAAAAGAACGAUCACCCCACUGUUUGAGUUUUGACCUCGGGACCUCCAACAGGCGCUGACCGGAGGAACGGAGGGCCCUGCCAUGAUCGCGAACAGUUAAAAUCUCUGACAGGUAGGAGGGGGCCAGGCCAUUUAUGGCAUAAAAAGUAAAUAAUAAAAGUUUAAAGUCAAUUCUAAAACAAACUGGAAGCCAGUGUAGCGAAGACAGCACAGGGGUGAUGUGUUCACGCCUAGACGUGCCCGUUAAAAAUCGUGCAGCAGCGUUCUGUACAAGCUGGAGACGGGAGAUUAAAGACUGGCUGAGGCCAACAUAAAGGGCAUUACAAUAGUCCAGUCUGGAACUGAUGAAGGCAUGGAUUGCCUUCUCGAGGUCCUGCCGACUUAAAAAGGACUUCACUUUGGCCAGGAGACGCAGUUGAAAAAAGCUGGUACUGACGACAGAUCUAAUCUGUUUAUCGAACUUAAGUCCACUGUCAAAUGUUACCCCCAGAUUCUUAUUUAUCAGCCAUCAUGAGACUGUUGCUAACAUGAUAUUCUGUUCCUUUUUAAUUGCUAAGUGGUUUUUCAGUUAAUUGGUUAGAGGACAGAUUUUAAAGAGCACGAUUAUAAUUGUGAUGGUUGUGCUGAGGCGAACCAUGUGAGUGCUGUGUCUGGUUGAAACCCACCAAGAAUCUCCCUCUUUUUGUGGUUUAGUAGAUGCUGUAUGCAGGUUUUAGUGAGAAACUAUCAAGACCUUCUACCUAACCAUCUUCCACUUCACCACUGUAUACAUCAUUAGUGAAUAUGAAGUAUUUUUAAUAUAUAUCAAGUUGAAUAAAAGAAGGUUUUUGAUAGAUAUCCUAUCAUAACCCUUAAUCCUGUCAAAUCCCUCUGAUCAAGAACAGAAAUGACAGCAGAGUGCUUUUCCUGCAGGCAUUUUAUACAAGCUGUUGCUCAGCCUCUUUACACAGGUUUAGACAUCUGCCUUUUCCUCCAUUGACUAUUUGAGUUGAAGGGUAUGUUAUCUGACUUUUGUAUUCCUUUUAUUUUUAAUUGGCGAGUGUUAUCUCACUGUUAGCAGCAGGAGGAAAACACUCACCUGGAUCUUUUUGUUCUCUCUCAGCACUUUAGCUCAGACAUUAAACAGCAUCUCUAAAAUGUUGAUGGCUUUGAUCUCUCAAUGAGAGAGUCUGGAAUCAGGAUUUGCUCUUAGACAUAAAGAAAUUACAUCACUGUCGCAUUUUUCUCCCCUCUAACAGAUCUUCUCAUCUGUUGUCAAGUUCUUGUACUCUUUCGAGAGUGUAAUUGGUUUAUUAGAGGUGGUUAUUCGCACCUAAAAGACAGGAUAUUAUCUGUAUGAGGGCCUUGAAGAGAAAUUGAAAGCCCUAUAAGGCGCUGGUGCAAAAACUGAGACUGAAAAAGUCCAUUUCUAUUUGAGGUUAAGAUACCGGUGUUUGUGCGAAUGCUAUUAAAUCUAACGGUGAGAAAAUAUCAGGAUAUGCUGUGUGUUUACGUGGGUGUCUUUGGCUAGAAGCUCACCCUCAUCAAUUUCCCUCUCCCCCCACUCUGCUCGAUAUCAGUUCCCAAUAAGAUUGAUGCUUGGGGUGUUUGGCUCCGCCUGUGACAGCUUGGCUUGAGUUCAGCUUCACUUUAAUUUAGCUGCAACUUAACACUGUGUCCAAGCUUUUGGCUUUAAUUAAAGUUUACAUCUCACUGGCUUAUUUGCUGCUGAAAUGUGUGAUGCUGGGACCAGUUAAGACCCAUUUAAAUUUGGGGUAUUUUAUCCAUAAAGAUUAUUUUAUACUUUAAUUUUAUUCAUUUAUUCAUUUUGUUGCAGCUUAAUUUUUGGAAGUGUUUCUGCAUCAAAACCAUUAAGUGGACAUAUAGUAGGAAAGUGAGGUUAUGUUAAGGGGUUGUUGAUGAUGAGGAAAAUGUUAAUUCAAAUGCUUAGUAGAAAAAGGUUUCUGAAUGUAAGCCUGCUAGGCCUUCAGAGACGAGGAUUAAAGGAGAAAUAAUGUACACAAAAGAGACAUUGAGUUGUGGUUGGAUAAGAACGGUGGUGUACUCACAGGACUCCUAAGUGCCCCAUAGACUUUCUUCCAAUUGCUGAAGCAUUAAAAAGUGCCCUCUGGAUGCCGUGCCAGAAUAUGAAAUGUAAAAAGUGCCCUCUUGAGGCCCUUUUAGAAUAUAUACCCCCAAAUGUACACUGUGGAAGUCCUUCCAGUAUGUCAAAGAUGAGAAACUACUCUCUUGGAGCCAUUCCAGUAUAUAUAAAACACAAAAAUGUGCCGCCUGGUUGCUCCUCCAUUCAUUUAUAAAAAAAAGUGUCCUCUGAAUGACUUCUAAAAAAUUAAGGUGAAAAAAUGUCCUUUCGAUGUCUGUUUAGUGGAUUAAAUAUAAUGAGGUGCCCUCUUUGUAAUUUAUUAUUAUACAGAAUGUUUAAUAGACAUGCAAGAUAAGUGACAUAAGCUCAAACCUCCAGAAACCCUUUUUUAUUGAAGUGUUAAACUAGUUAAGUCAGACAUUUCAUUUAAAUUGAACUUUUAAACUUUAACUUUUAAAGUGGCCAUGUGAUAAUUAACAGUUAAAAUCUUGAUGAAAUGCAAAUUUUGUAUUUUUCUCCACCAAAUGUUGCAUACAUAUUCACCAGAAUGCAGGAAACUGUGUGUUACUAGGCAGCCUCUCCUUGUUAGUUGUGCCUUAUGCUGCGUUCGAGUUACCUCAGACGUCAGAUGACUGAGCUGGGAAUGACGUCACACCCGAGUUACUAGUGUUUCAGUUACCAAGUAGAAAAAAAGCAAAAUCGUAGGCGGAAACAAGAUGGCUACAUCUACGAAAGUUAUUUUAGCGAUACCUUGUCCUUGCUUACAUUCGGACAAGGCAAGUGCUAAACUAACUUUUGAUAUAGCCAUCUUGUUCCACCUCCGAUUUUGCUUUUUUCUGACUUUGUUACUGAAAUGCUGGUACACUAUGGGUACUAGGGGUUUUAAGAACUACUUCAGUUCUGCAACCUUCAGUCUGCCAACUGGUCAGGCUUGCUAGAGUGAAAUUUUUAGAUCUUCACUGACACUGGUUCCCAUGGGAUCCAGGAGGUGCCCUGUUUAAUUUUUCAUCCCUGCCCCUUCUACUUCCUGAGUACACCACUGGAUGUGAACCAGUGGAGAACUCGUUAUGUGUCAUGGUGAUUUAGCAGGGUCAGCCAGCUUGAUCUAAUGCUAUGUUCAUAUCACAGGUUGUCAGAGUUUAGAAUAACACAGUGAAGAUGCUGAUUGUGACGCAGAUGACAUAUAAAGGAGACAAGCAGAUAUAACCCUGGAUCCAUCUGGGUGUGCUUAUCAUGUCCCACACUCAAUCUGCCCACUGUAAUACAUGAUCCCACAUGCUUUGAUUGACAUGACCAGGAAAUGAGACCUUCUAGAGGCUCAUUAGAGUUUAUUAUAAUGCAGCACAGAUGAUUCACUGUGUGAAUAUGUGUAUGAUUUCUGUGGAUCAUUGUUUACAUUGUAAACUGUUGUUUACAAUGUCAUUCUUAUAUUUCAUCGAUAAUUCUCAGAACAUCAGAAGCCACAUCAGCUUCACGAUCAAAGUUUAACAACAUGCUAUCUCCUCAGUCCAUAACCACCUGUCCCUCUGUCCCCCUUGCUUCAUGUGAGUGCAGCUGUCCCACGUAUGUGCUACGAGUCUGCAGUCACUUUUUAAAAAAAAAUUGAUUCCUUUACAGUCAUAUUAUGGUAAGUAGAGCUGGAUUUUAUUUGUAAACACAACUGGAAAAGGAAGAUCUGACCACAAAUGGUCACUCGAGACAGAUUUGGUGACAAAUCACAACACUAACAGUGAAUUCUCAUUCUUGUGAGAGAGACAGACUGGAAGAGACAGAGUAAGAGUGAUGAUAGUUACUAAGUUAGAUUGUUGGUAUGAUUGUAAUGUCAGCCCCUUGUUUCAGCCUUCUUCUACUCCAUGUAUAACUCCAACAGAGUCAGAGAACCAAGUCUGAAUCUGAAUCUUGUCAGUCAAAAAAUGAUCUGCUUCAACAACCACUUCAGGCAAGGCCCAGAAAAAUGUAACCUACAAGUUGCUCUCGAAACCUGUACUGAAAUACUGUGUACCCAAUUCCACUGCACAUAAACACUGAGACAGGUUUACUACUCAAGCCCAGAGAAAACAGACUAGGAGGCUGAUGAGAUAGGUGAUUUAUGCUCAGAGGCAGCAGGAGGGAACAAGAUGAUAAGGAGCCAUGGAAACAAAGGAAAAUAAGCCAUCAAUAAGCUAGCAGGUAAACAUAAAAAAGAAGUAUGUUUGUAUCAAAUAAAAAAAAUUACUCACUGUAUUUUUAAUUUGAUUCAUUGAGAUGAUUCUUCCAUUGUUACCAUUGUGACACUAUAAAAAUCAGAUCAUCUCAUGAAAAACUUGGGUUUUAUAUAAUUUCUUAAAGGGCUUCAUAAAAGUUUAGAGUAUAAAUGUUAUCCAGAACAGUAGAGGGCACUAUGAGUUUUUGUAUGUACAUUCACAGAUCUCUUGGUGUGGAGGUAUGUGUUGUACAUACUUGGCUGUAAUGAACACAGUGAGUAAAAAUAUUUAAUAAUAUAUUAUCUACCCCGGGUGCAACGAUCUAUUAUAUAUUGGUUGUCAUUUUUUCAUAUGUGAACUUUAAAUCUCCCAGGUGGCAUUGCCUUUAAUUGGCUGCUUUCUCCCUCUGCCUCUCACUCCAAACAUGCACUCUCUCUCUUUCUCUCUCUCUCUCUCUUUCCAUGCACACAUGAAUCCUGAACCACAUGCUGAGGCAGGUUAACGGUGAGAAUCCACUGGAAGUCUAGCCCAUACCUUUUCAUGAGGUGAACUGAUUAGGCAAUUAGCAAGAAUCAUUAGACACCGACGAAGUCUGACAAAAAUGUUAUUUUGGUUGGACAACUGUGAUUGUACGUUGCUCACUGAUCUGCAAACUCAAUAGGAUAUCAAAAAGUCAGAGGGGAUUUGAUUUGUGUGAUAUAAAGUCUGUAUCAUCCAUUAGAGGAGCUCUCUGGCUGAUUAGACACGUGCUGUGUUGAGCUCAGAACACAGAGCUUUUGAAGGAGAUAAGAAUUUUCAUAUUGACUUUAAUAAUCCAACGCAGUAUUCACUUUAGUCACUGGUGUCUUGAUUUGUUGAAAUGUUUUUAUUGAAUUUUCUCACGGAAGCAAUUGACUCCUAUUAGUUUUAAUAUGUUUUCUCAUUGUUUAGUUGUUUUCAUCAAGGCGGAAGAAGCAGAAUGUAUUAUGUCUGAAUGUGCAUGUAGGGAUCAUUUAUCUAUCUGUGCCGUCAUUACUGGGUCUCUAUUUUAAUAUCUGUGUGAUUACUGUGUGUUGCAAAGUGUGUGCUAAACGCCUGAUGAUUCAUAUAAAGGGAAUCGAUGCCUCUGAGCAGUCAGGCCAGAGUUCUUCUGAUGAGAUCUUACUUCCUGUCCACAGGGGUCUGAUUUAUUAAAAAUUGUAAUAUUUUUUAUCAUAAUAAGCUUAAAACGAUCUGCGAACACUCAAUGGUGUUUUGAUUGGUCGAUGGGUGAUCAGUAAAAGAGGAGACGGGAAAGCGAGAGUCUUUGGCAGUCACUUUGACUUUCUAACUUGCGCAUCUGUCUCAACACUCCAAUUAAAAUCUGUAUCGUGUCUGCACACCCCUGAGAUCCCACAGUAAAAUGAUUUUAAAUCCACUGGUGUAUUCUUGCAACAAAUCACCAGCUGGUGCAUGUAUAAUCUCUUCUAGGCUGUCACUCUUUGACAGUAAAACCCACAUGAAUGGCUUUUGACACACACUGACUUAUAACAGGACUGCAACACUUGAUUUCUCUCUCUCUCUUGUCAGUGCAUUCAUUUAUUUAUUGGAUGCAAGGUUAUUUUCCAUGAAUAUAAAAACACGCUUCCAAAAAAGAUGCUUACUUGCAGCUUUCACGUAAAAACGUCCUUAUCUUGCUCUUCCUUCUUGUACCGCUACUGUCGUGUUGCUGUGAAUGAGAGACAGUAGAUCGAAAUUUAAAAAACUUUGCUUUCGCUUUGAAGGAGUCCAAAAGUCUUAUCAUUAAAUGUAUAUGCGUAUGUGUUUAUUCUUCUCGCAAAGCAAAGAGGUUAGACCGUCACAGGAGACUGACUCAGUUUGUUAAAAAUGUACCUAUUAAAAAAAACAGCCCAUUUAUUUAUCUCAUGUUUUUUACAAGAGAGCCUCAAAACAUUAAAAUUAAUAUUGCACAAAGAACAUCCAAACAGAUGGAAGAUGUAGAGUGGAAAAAAAAAACACACACAUCAGCAUGCAGCCCAGCCUCUGACGGUGUUAACUGACACUGACCAGAGGGAGGCAGCAGCUUGACCCUUAAUGAAGCUCAGACUCUGACGGCUCCCCACAAACUGCCUGAGGACAUGACAGAGGAGGGCAGAGCUGAUAGCUGUGGGCUGGCUGUGAGAUGACCUGAGCUACACACUCACAAACAGGAAAAACAAACUCUCAACAAAUGACAGAUUCGAGUGCACCUCUUUUUUUUGUGGUGCCAAGUCAGCAACCAAAUAUGAAAAAGAAAACUCUCCUAACUCUAAAGAUAAGCACCAGUCCAGUGAACACAGCUUUUCAGAACGACAUAAAUAUCCUUUACAUUGUAGUCUUUCAAAUAAAGAAGAAUCAUAAUGAAUUCAUAGCAUUUCUUUUCAUAAUACAGAGAUAACAAUCGAGUCAGAUCUCGCUUUAAGAAGUGUCUAAACUGUAUUAAAUUGAAUGUUAUCAGCAAGGUCUUUGCUUCUGUUUUGGCCAAAUCAUCCACUCUUGUUGGGCACAAAGACACAAAUGCAGUGGAAAUUGUAGUGACAGCAGGUUGAAAUCUGUUGUAUGAAAUCUAACACAAUUUCGGACUGAGACAUGCUGAUAAAGUGUAUUACAAGUUGGCAAGUGUGGAUUUGGUCUUUUUGUGUAUGAUUUUUUCAGCAUUGGAGUUUCUUUAGUGAUGAACAGUGAUUUAUAUUGUGUGUAGAAAAUCCAAAUGAAUUAUUUCAGUCACCACAUCUCUUUUACUUUUAUUGAAUAUUUAUUGAAUACCUCGUUAUGCACACCAACAAUGCAAGAGACAACUUUAAACUUAGACUGGAGGUCAUCCUUGUAGUUCUGCCAGAGAUUGAUGAAAGAUGGCUGCGGUUAAUGGUGUUUGUUUGCAGGCUUUUACUGCCAGAGCUGUAAAGUUGUACAAAGUGAGAUGGUUGUAGGCUAUAAAGAAAAUCGGUUUAUAAGGGCUUUAAAUGUAAAAAAGAUUCUGUAACUUUUAUUCUCCUUUUUAUGCUUCACAUAACAGCUUUUCUCCUGAGGCUUGCACUCGUCUACAGAGUGGUACACUCUAAUGUUGCACCCUACUUUUGGAGUAAAGCCAUUGUGAUAUUUAAUUAAAUAUAUUUAUUUAACAGCACCAAAGUACAAUUUUGGUGAAGGCCUACCUUUGUGCUGAUUUAUUUUUGUUGUAAUUAUUUAUAAUUAUAAUUUGUUUAUAAUAAUUUUAUGAUUUAGUCUAUGAAAUAGUGGAAUCACAAGACUAGAUUGGACAAGAAAGAAUGGGAAAGAUGCAUGCUCAGUCUACAUAUAAUGGCCUACUUUUACAUGAAUGUGAUAAUGACAGUAUCCUGAUAAACACAAUAGUAUAAUAAAUAAACUUGGCAUAUAUUUUUCCAAUUUCACAUUUUUGAAAUCACACUUCCUUUUCAAGUAUUCAUGCAUGUUUAAUCACAGCAUGCCUUCAAUUUAUUUUAAUUACCAUAUGGUGAUUUCAAUUCACAUUUUUCACUAUAUAUUAAAGAUCUGAACAUCUUUUCCACAAUUUUUCUACAGAGAGUUAAACAGCUUUUUAACUUGACUUAUUUUAGACUUGUGCGUAAUCUUAGUGUUCAGGGUUAUAUUUUCAUAAAGCAAGGAGACUGGCUGACAAGUUAACAACAAGAGACUAUUCAUUUAAUCCAAGCCUGUAGCCCUUUCCUGUUUGUUUUUCUUCACUCCUCAUAUCUUUUCCUCUUAAUAUCUACUGCAUUUAAAUUGAAUUUCUCAUCUGUAGUACAACAGCGACCUCUGUUGCCUAUACUGUGCCAGUACACAGCUGCAGGGCACACUGACUUAAAAGAUUGACUACUAUCCCACUCUGCAUGCCAACUGGAGCUGCAGUGUAUUUCAGUGUGCUGCCAACAUUCCCAUUGCAUUAUAAAUCAUCUAAAGCUAACCUCAAAGAACGAGGCCUCUAAAUUCAUGAGCUUUAUGUCUCUUAACUCAACCACACAAGGACUCUGUCUCGUCUUCAGUGGCAUCUCGACAGCUCUGGGUUGCAUAAGGGAGGAGGAAAUAGGAUGCAUUAGUGUCAAUAAGUGUGUAAAUACUAACUGUAUAGCAUGAUGAAAGAGAAUAAAAACAUGGCAAAAACUGUAGAGGGUGAUGUUUGUAAUAAUUCAUGAAUACUGGCUUUUGAACCGCAUGAGUUACCAUAUUUGUUUGUACAUUAAUGUAUUUCUGAUCUCAUUACUAAUUUGAAAUGACUGAUACUAAAAGAAUAGUUGUAUAUUUUUACUGUGUGUGUUUUUUUAUUUAUUAAAAUACAAAAAGCAGAGCAAGAAGAGUUAACAAGCAAAUGUAUGUAUCGUAAAUAAGGACAAAAGCAGGACCACCUAUCUGUUCUCUCCCUCCUUCUAUGUUUGUGGGAGAACAGGGAAAUGUGAGCUUUCUAUUAAGAGAGAGAGAGAGGGUGGGGAGAAAAAGGGAGGGAGGUAGGAAGGGAGAUAGAGGGAGAGUUAGAAGUGGACGAACACAACGGUACAGUGAGACGAGAGGAGAGGAGGAAAGUGAGAAGGGGAGGAGAAGGAAGGACAGGCAAAAGAGAGGAGCAGACGAGAGGGGAAGUAGAUAAACGGAGGCAGACAGCAUCAUGUUGGGAUUUAGGUGUGUCUUUUCCUCUUCAGGGUUUUCACUCACAUUCAUUCAGCUCACACACAUCCACGUGCAUUUACAAACACAUACAUUUUAGCUUUAGAAAGGGACCAGAUUCCCCCCCUCCAGUGACUCCAGGGGAGGAGGGGGGUGUCAGCUCUUACAGCACACACACACACAUACACACACUUUCUUUCUUUUUAUGUCCUCACCCAUCCUCACACACACACACCCUGAAAAAAGCAUGUACUACAGAGUGGACUAGCGACAGAGGGAUGCAUCAUGAAGGUGAGCUCCGGUUACUCCAAAUUUGAAUCUUUACCUUUGUGUAUUUGUCUCUGUGUGUAGAUUAUGGUCUAUUUAUCAUACUGUCACAUCAUUUUAGCCAUCUUAAGCUCUCGACCUGUGUUCAGCAGAUAAGACUGAUAGGGUUUCUCUCCCGAGGUGUCAGGUGUUCUGACUGCAAGUGUUUCAAAUAUACAAGUACCUAUUAAAGAGUGAGUGUGUGUUAGGUGCUUGUGCUGGGAGGAAGUGUUGUACAAAGUGUCUCGAGGACACUUGUACUUGUGUUGUUCUUGCAUAUUGUAUCUUGUUUCUCAAAGUUAGGACAGCUCCUUUUGCUGUCUGGGUGAAAUUAUACAAGACGGUGUAACUGUGACUAUUUCACUUAUCUUACUGUGGCUGCUGCACAGUUCAAUUAAAUGUGUACAAUUUUGUAGCAGCGUCUUGGUUCAACUACACAGCUUCUCUUGUGUUUUUAAAACCAUUAAAAUGCAUCUGUGGUGCUCUGAAGAGCCGGAUAUACUUUUAAGAUGAGAUAUCAUAUUGCCAUUUUGGUUAGCUGCUCUAUAUGGAGCUUUCACUGCAAAAACAUCCAGUAAUUAAUUUUAGACCGCUAAUACAUCCCAAAAGCUCUGAUACUUCUAGAUUUUAUUCAAUGCCCAACAACAACAACAAUAAAAAGGCAACAAGACACAAAUAUUAGGACAAUAAGAUUGAGAACAAAAGGGAAAAAAAAUACAAAAGCAUUCUGCCUUUUUCCAGGGAAAACAAAUGAUGUCAGUUUGUUGUUAGCUUUGGUAGUAUAUAUAAGUUUCUUGAAGGCAGUAUUAUAAUUUUGCUGACAGUAAAUGAAAGAUUGCUACUUAGAAUUUAAAAAAUACAUAUGCUUUAAGAAGUUGAUAAACAGCAGUUCAUAGUUUGUCUUCCAGAAAUGAUGACAGCAAGUGUUAUAUUUAUUAUUUUUUAUGUCCAAAGGUAUCAGAGUCUGAUAGAGUCUAGCUUUAGAAACUACUUGAAGAAACACACAAAAGUAUUCCAAAAAAUAUUUCACCUUGCACUUGACAAAACAUAUUACAAAAUAGUGAAUUGUUCCUUUAACUGAAUACUGAAGGUCUGACUUGAUCACAACACAAAUCAUCCCAAAGAAUCCUGGGGGAGGACAGCCAGGCUGAGAUCAUUCUGUUUUAUGCGCUAUGAGCAGAUCAUUCAUUGUUUUGGAGUGACUCACCAAUGAGUGAGCAGCACAGGGCAGUAAACAUAGAUGUACUGUGACCAUAGAUUACUGUAAUUUACCCUGCAAAAGUAUGAUCUUUAAUGACUUUAGAUCACCCUUAGAUCUAAAGAGAGAAGGCGAGAAAAGGUUGCUCACUUUACCAUCACUCCUUAUUCAACACUGUCUACAGCCUCUCUGUCUCUGUUGUUCACUGUCUCCUACCAUCACUCUGUCACCCAGGCCACAUCUGACACUCAGACUCAGACUGUGCAUCUGUAAGGGAGUGAUGUAGUGAUGGGAAGGGAGAGACAUCAAACAGACAGGCUGGGAGAAGAGAGGGAGAGAAAAGGUGGGGUGGUAGAGGAUAAAGAGAGUCAUUCAUAAUUCUAGUCACAGCCUGCAUAAAUAUGCUAGGCACAAAAACACACAGUCCUGCAUCAGUGCACAUGCACAUAUACAAGCAUGGGAGCGCACACCCAAACAGACCCAAAAGUCGGAUCAUAGAGCAAAGAGCUUACAGACACUGUGGCGCCAAAAACACCUGUAAUGGUGUCCAUGGCAACCAAACUACUAGCUCCUGCGUGAUAGUCGAAGACAGUGGGACAGAUACAAAGUCAGUGCAUUUACUGUGUGACGUUUUAUUCAAAUGGAUUAUUCUGACUUUCUCUGCUGUUUGUACCAGCUGAUGUUUAAGAUUAAGGCAGUUUGUCUCCUGUUGUCUGCAGACUGAUGUGUUUCUGUCUUUUACUCUCCAUCUUUGACAUAACCUGUUCUAAGCCAGAAAACAGCAAGGGGUAGAAGCAGCAAACAAACUGCACUCCUAGGUUAAGUAGCAAUAAGCCAUAGAAUAUAUGUAUAUAUAUAUAUAUAUAUAUUAUGGUCCUGGUGUACACAGGUCUUUUUGUGACCAUGUAUGUUUUACAUGCAGGUAUAAAACAGAUGUACCAUAUUUCCUGGAUAAUAACUCUGUUUAUUUAUGCGGAUCUGGAUGCAGAUUUAAUUAUAAGAUAUAUCGAAUUUAGAAAACUGCAGCUUUGCAGAGACAUGUUUCCAGUGCUCAAUAGUACUGCAACCUUCUGCUGUAGUUUAUUUCUUACCCAUUCUUAAGUGUACAGAUGCGUCUAUGAAUAUGUCUGUUUGUGGCAGUGAUUUGUAUUGCACAUAUACUGUAUAUACUGUAGUUCUAUAAAAAUAUAUCUAUGAAUAUGUCUGUGGAUGUACUCUAAUAUAUGCAUUGCACAGAUGUAAUAUUUUAGGCCAUAUAUUUUUAUUUUUUGUAGACCUCAGAAGCUCAUAUGUACAGUCUUAUUGCUCCUGUCGCUUUAGGACAGCCCUCACACUGCUACCUGUAUGCUGAGUGUGCUGACAGUAGCAACUUAACUGAUCUGUGGAGGAAUAACUCACAUUGCCCAUAAAAUCUGCUAAAAGAAGAGCAGGAAAAACUGAAAUUGCACUAUGCAGUCUAUGCCUGUAGAAUAAUGAUUGGUGCUGUCUCUGCUGUCUCCCAGAGAGCUGUUUAAAGUUUGAUAUUGUCAAGGUUCUUGCAGCUUGAUGUAAAGCAGCAUGAUUUAUUUGUUCUGCAGCCAGAGGCGAGCUAUUGACAAGCUUUGCAGAGGAAUAAUAGAAAAUCCUUGGACUAAAUCACUCCCUGAGCUCACCUGUACACCCAGUGACAAAAAAGCUUUUAUGAAAUUCAUUUUCUGCCUCUCUUUUCACUGCAAGCUGAUCAAUAUUUCAUCAGACAGACAAAUAUGAAUCUUCUUUUAUGCCAUAUUCAUCAGAUACAAAGAACUUACUUCAUCUAUUGCAAGCUAACACAAAAUACUGCAACCAGGAGUUUAAAGAUUUUGUGGCAGAGUACCCGUCUUAUUCCAAUAACCCUUAUUAUUAUUGGAUCAUUGUUUUUUGAAGAUCACACAAAGUUUUUUGAAUACAAGACAAAUUUAAUCACAAAAGACAUGUUUUUAUUGGCUAUUAAACAUGGACAAUGUCCUAUCAAUAAAGGCAAAAAAUCGCCCAAAUAAACACUUAAAAAAACUUAUCAAUAAAAGCUGAUGGGUGGAACAUAAUUGGACUCUUUGCUUGGAAAUUCUGUCUUUCAGAAAGCCUCAGCGCUCCACACUGUGUACUAAGUAAGUGAAAUCCAGUACUAUUUCACUUAAGCUAAUAUUAGCAUCUAUUAGCAAACAAGAGUAGAAUAAAAUAGAAUAGAAUAGCCUUUAUUAUCAUUGCAUGCUGUACAUAUGUCGAUAUUUGUUUGAGCAAUCUACUAUCGGUGCAGAACAAACAAAAAACAGACAUAAGAAACCCACCCAAUCAACCUAAAACGCACACAAUCAACAAUGUGUGCUGCCAUCUUAAUAAGCUUGCAAAAGUUAGUCAAAGUAUGUCAAUACAGUGAUUUACAGUACUUUAUAAGGUAACUCACAAUGCUGCACAUAAACACAGGACAUCCCUAAAUUUGAGAUAAGCUGCCUCUGUGAUUCAAAGUCAACUGCAUCUUCUGAGAUAUUGAGAGACAGUAGGUACAGGGCACUCAGCUAGCAACAUCAGCACACAUCUAAACCAACUUUGCUGUAGGGUCUGUGGCAGCUCCUAUUAUGUUUUAGCUGGUUAUACCUCUGGCUUACUCUAGGGUAACGUUGGCGCUCUGAAGCAAAUGGGUCAUGGUAUAGUUUGAUAACAUGAUGGCUCAUUGACUCCAGUAAGCCAAAAUAGCAGCUGCUAUUGGAUGUUAGCAUGCUUUGGUAGAUUGGUUUGUCAAAAAUAGUCCAUAAAUGCGUCUUGACUAACCAUUACAUAAACAGACAGCUGUCCAUCAUGGGUUACUCCAACUGAAAAUCAAACUAUGUCAAGUUUCAUUAAGUUACUUAAAGGUAAUGUAGUUGGGAAUCAGUUUCCCCUUUAAUGUAAAUACCUUAAUUGACAUAGAGUUUGCAUGUUUGGCUUUGACCCAGAAGUCAAACAGCAUGAAUUGGUAGAAGAAAAACGUGUUGUAAACAAAACCUUUGCUUUGCUGUUGUGCAUUACCAUACGCCAAUAGAUAGUAUGCAUCUCAUUUGUAUCUAAAGUAAGGCAGAUGAGAGAGCUGUAGUGUUUUUACCAAAGGACACACAAUCAUUUGAUCUGUUGCACACUUAUUUAUGUUUGAGUAUGAGACACGAAAAGACACCUGAAGGAGGGCAUAUCACUACCUACUGUGUCACUGUAUUUUUGUGAACUAAUUACACCAAUUCAGCCGUAACUGUAGCUUAUCUUAACUGUGCAUACACAAAUACUGAUUGUUAUCGUCAGUUAUUUCACUUACCUUAUUGUCUCUGUCUUAUCUAAGUGCUAAACACUUCACUAUUGACACAAAGGUGCAGCUGAGCAGUAAACAUGAUACUUUAUGCACUGCGGUUGCUGAUGAGGCUCCUGGGAAAUGUAGUAUUUUCAGUAAUGACACAGGACUGUCCUUGCACUUGUAGGUAUUAAAUACUGAGUUUCACAGUUAGAGGCAGUCGUUCCCACUUGGGUUGAAACAUCAUUUUUGGGUAAAAAGCUGAUAGAGCCCAGUUCAGUUUAUGUCAACCUCAGACUUAAAAACCAGAGGUGCAUGCAUGGGUCAAUUUUUUCCUAAGUUCCUUCAAGAAAACUGGAGUAAAAGCCUCUAUCUUUGAUGCAUCUCAUGUCCAAAAACAGAGAAGCUGUGGUCCUUUCCUCUAAAAUAUUAAAAAGGAAGCCACAACCUGUUUGUGUGUGAGCAGCAAAUUUAAUAUGCUUGGGUGAAGAGAAAAACACAAGAAUAUACCUGCUGGUUUGAUGCAGCAUGCCUAUCCAGCAGCCUGUUCCCCCUUUUCCUUUGAUUAUCUACUGAUUAGACUCAGUCACACACACAUAUAUAUACUUCCUGGGAUGACUGAUUCUUUACAGCAGAGAGACACAUUAUCCAUCAUUCUGUGAUAACAAGGGUUUAACCAGGCAAAACAAAUGACACCUCUCGGAGCAUUACAAGAUCUUUCCAGAGAACGCAUAGUCUGAUUUAUCAGAGCAUUAAUUAUGGAUGGACCUUUAUUACAUUAGAGGAGAAGAGAGGAGAGGAGAGGAAAAGAGAGGAGAGAUGGUUGACUAUCUUUCAUCAGGGAUUUACUACUUCAUUCAGAUUUUUUUAUCAGUUUAUGUAAUCAUUAUGAAUCAUUUUGAUGAUGUUAGAAAGAAAUGGCUAAAAUCCAGCUCCAGUAAUAAUGUAUUAGUAUAAUUUUACAGUCUUAUAGCUAUAGCCUGCGUGAUGGAUGGCAUUAUUGUGAAUUCACUGUUCGUAAUCAUUCACAGCAGUAAACCAGCUCUUCUCUAUAAAGCCUGGUAUUUGUGUAUGUCGGUGCUUGAUAUUCAGUGUGCGCUGGCUUUUGUCACAUUUGUGUCCCUGUUAAUUCACUGUAUUGCACAACAAAAGUGUGAAGGCUCCUCUCGGUCAUUUUAUGACUCCAUAGUUUCACUCUGCAUCAAUUCUCAUUAAGUUCCUGUCAGCGUGCAUCAGAAAGCUUUGACAAAACACAACAUGCUGAGAGCUCCGGUGAAAAUCAUGUUUACUGUAGCUACUGGUGCUCUGCAGAAGAAAAGCCCUUGAAAAUGACACAGGUGACAUGAUUUUGGCUAAAAACUUCAUAAUCACAAUUGAAAGACCACUGAGAACACUUUAAGUUGUAACUCAACCAAUAGAUCUGGAGAUAAAAAAAAUUGUCAUGCGGCCAGGUUCCUCCACUUGCAAGCAAAUACUGAAAAUAAAAAUUAACCUUGUCCUUGAAGGAGAAAUUUUACACAAUGAUAAAAAAGGGCUUUAACUUUUUAAUGGCAGCAUAUGAGGUGACUACAGAUGAGGUGUAACUUUGUUUAAUGUUGAUGUUUUAUCACCCAUGCAUGCUAAAAAGUUUCCUCUCUUAGUUUUCACCUCGUCCUGCUGUUAACUCUGACCCAAAACAACUCAACGAGCUGGCCUAUCACUGCUUCAGCACACUCAGUAACAGCAGGAAAGAAAGCACCAGGGAUGAUUGGCCAAACACAACACAAUUCAUACACUAGAUCCUAGAGGGGAAAAUGUUUUAAAAGAGCAUACUUUCAUAACAACACGCUGCCUUGGUUGUUUUUUUCAUGAUAACAAAUCAAUAGGACACAUACGGAAGAGCUGUACAAGCAGCACAAGGAGGCUGCAGUUUCAGGUCUUUUAGAUAUGAAUAUAAGUGUGUUAAAACGCUGACAUUAAUGUCUCAUUUAGGUGCUUAUAAUUGUGAAUACAUAAUCUCAUUUCAAUAAAAAUCACUAGACAGAUGUAACCGAAGUAAGACUGAUUCUCUUGGCGUCCUCUCACAUGUUGGUUGGCUUUUCUGUUGCAUUGAUAAGAUAUCUUGAUCAUCACCUAAAAGCCAUGUACUUUAUAAAAAACAAAUGAAAACAUGAAAUAAAACACAGAGCCAAGGCUUUAUUUCUCGUACAGACACACUUUAAACCACACUCCUACAAACAUACGGUUAAAAAGCUGCCAAAACUACACAAACCUCCAAAUUAGGCCUUAAACAUGAAACACACAUGUUGAACUACUGUGAAGUGACAUACCUCAAAGUUCACCCGAUAUUUUCAAUUUGAUUGACAAAAUAAAAUUUGUACUGUGUUGUUUGUGAGCAGACAAGCCCCCCAGAUUUACAUUGAUUUAAAAAAAAACUGCUUUACAUAAUCUGCAGUGUGAGAAGUUGAACUGGCUACAAGGCUCUGAAAAAGGUCAUGCUGAAGAUUUGUUGCUCAGCUUUAUUUUAGCUGCAGUGCAGAUAGUGCGCUGAAGCACCUUCUGGAGAACAGUUCAUCUUUCUGUCCCCAAGGUGAUAACUUUAUUCAGCAAUAAAAAAAACAACCCUGACUUUGAUGCAGGGGGGAAUGUAGAGGUGUGGCCCUUUGAGAAAAGGGGCUGUACUUGUGGGGUGCUGGGUGCUUGCUUUUCAUGUUCCCCUGUGAAUAGACUGAGUGAGAGAGAAAGCUGAAUCAGAGAGGGACCAGGCGUAUCAAAAUAGAAGUGUAACAAUCAUCUUUUUUGUCUGGUUACCUUCUGGAUUGAUGUGAAAAAAAAUUUUUGUGUGUUUGUAGAGUCCACCAAAUGUAACAUCUGAAGAUGUCUUUUACAGCCUAGGCAUGCAGAUGAUAGACAAAGUGACAGCUGAGUGAAGCCAAAAUAAAUACACAAUAUGUGAAGUGUAUACUGCACAUGCUAGUAUCCAGUCCAUUCAGUCCUUUUAUCUUAUGUUUUUUAACCAGUGUUGCCUUUGCUUUUGUUGAUUUGCAGAGGCAGCUGGCAUUUAGCAGAUUUUAGUUUUGAGACAUCACUAUUACUCUUUUUGGCACCCAGUAACCCUACAGGAUGGCAUUGUAGGGAACCUACGUCAACUCUCAUAUAAUUCACCUAAGGUAACACUGGUAACACAGCAAGCCUGCAGAGUAGUAAUCCAUCAGCCCCCCAGGCUAGGUUGUUUGCCGAAAAUAGCCGAUUUCCUCUGAGACCGUCCAACUGUAAGUGGUGAUCCUGAUUAGUGAUUGGUCAGACCAGACAGUCUGACCAAAAGGUUCUAAGAGUGAAUGGUUUCCAGACUUGAACCUAAUGUUUUUGACCAGAUCAGGGUUUCACUUGAUUCAAAUUGUACGAGCAACGUCAACACAAUACUGAACUAAAAAUGCAAAUGCCAACAAAAGCAAGCUGACCAAGAAUUAUUACUGAACAAAUGUUGUGUAUUUGUACCCGUAAUACAAAUCUUAAAGACUCAUAAUCACAGCCAUUACUCUGAACAGAUUUUGAUGAAAACAAACUUAGUGAUCUUAAAUCUCAAUUAGGUUAUUUAUUGGUAUCAUUCUUUGGUUAUGGUCAUAUAGUUUAAAUCUGGAGAUAUGUCUGUGCUCUUCUUCUUCUAAUCAGUAAAGAUCUACAAAUCCACUAGUGUUAACCAGGAAUUAAACAAGUAGAGACAAAGGCCUGAGCCUUUAAUGUGAAUCAAUCCAUGACAGUCUGCCCUCCCUCUAUGUCUGUCUGUCUUUGUUCCCUGCCUUUGUGGUGAUUUAGUCGAGGUCUGUGGCUUGUCAGGGGGAUCAAGCCUGAGCAGCUCCACUGGCAGAGCUUUAAUGAAAGAGUUCUGGCUCAAAUAGGAUGUGUGCACUUGAGUUUGUGCGUGUGUGUGCGUGUGUGUGUGUCUGAGAGGGUGCUCAGCAAACCAUCCUCUUAGUCUAUGUAUAUACACCAGCUGAGCCAGUGUAAUUGAACAUCCUGCUUAGUCCAACAAAAACACAGAGUCACAUUUACACACAUAUACACGUGCGCACACACAAACAACUUAUGCACAAGCAGUGGAGUGUAGUUGGUUGUGACGUGACCGAUGGCAAAAGGAUACACUCUGUGUUGUGGAUAUGCAGAGGAGAGCAGUGGCAGGAAAUGUGAGUGGAUGGUCGGAAGUGUGGAGGGAAAUGCAAGGGUCUGCAGAAACAUCUGCUUUUCAGUAAGACGAGAACACAGUGAUAGCCCAAGAACUGAAGUCAACGGAAGGCACAGAUCUCAGGUAUCCCUACAGCAGCAGGAGAGUGAAUAUGAUAACAGGAUUAAAUUAUCUUUAGUUUGGAGUAUUUUUAUUCCAAAAGUUCAAAAAUUAAAAAGUGGUAUAGUUGAAAUGUGAGCUAGAAGGAGUGUGUGUGUUUGUGGUUUAUGUUACUAUGUAUAAAUGUGUAAUUAGGAGGAGAGAGGUGGAAAGAGCUGACUUAGCAGAAUGGUGCCAAGAAUAAAUAAUGACCUGAACUUUUCAAAGGACUCCUUGGAAAUGUAGCAAAUGAAGGAGUGGAUGGAAUCAUCAAACAGGAAAAUAACACUGUUUAAAAGAUUUUGAAAAUCAAACUUGAAGUUAAAAGUGAAAUGUGGCUGGAUCGAAAUUUUUGAUGUUCACAAAGACUGUCUUAUUUGUUCUUCGACAUGCAAACUUGUGAAUUUUAAACCAAACCGAACCUGCAAAAGUCAAACUCAAAUUUAAUCAGAACAAAAGAUGUAACCAGAUCCUCAAGAAUACACAUGUCAGGCUCAUACACAACUUCAGUCAAGGUGCUGCAAGGAGUUUUUACAUUAUGUUAACUUCAUUGUCCUUUUGUUACAAAAUCCCUGGUGGUUUUUCGAGAUGAAGACUGAAUUUCCCAUGAACACUCUCAUCUACUGUCAUAUAAAGAUGAGGCUCCUACCUGGCCUACAGAUCGUUUUUUGUUCUCAGUUGGUGGAAACCAAAUAAAGCUUUAAAAAAUAGACUUUUUAAGGUCACAUAUCAAGUCAUAAAUAUACAACAUGCCUAUAUUACCAAAAUAUGAUAAUGAUUCUAAAUAUUAUGUGUUGUGCUUUAAGUACAAGAUCAAAUCUGUUGUAUCUACAACAUGCAGGAUGAUUAAAAGAGAGAGAAGUGUACUAAAAGUUGAACGGUGUCAUUAUUGAUGCUGAAUAUGGAAAUUAGGUUGCUUGUUUUUGUUAUUUAAGGUAGACAUGGAUAAAAGCCUCACACCUCUUUAACAUACAGAAAAAUAGUUUAAGUAUUACAGUGCUGUUUGUACGCACCAACUACGAAAAGUGUGUACUCUAAAAAGGACAAACUAAAGGGAUGAACUCCUGAGAAGUACACUCCGAAGUUUUUCUGCAUACCCAGCAAAAAAGAAACAAUACACCUCAAAGUCUUUCUUUAUCCUGUGCAUUAAUCUAAAUACUUACUGUAAAAGAGCUUAGGCAGACAGUCUUUAGCCCAGAUAGUGAAUGUGGUGAUUUUGUGUUAUACCAGCAAGUGCUCAAUGCUUAAAAUGUGGUCCAAGAAGAAGGCUAGAACAGGAUUUGACUGAAUGGGGCAUUGAUUGGAUGGGUGAUCACUGGUCUCAGGUCUCAUCAUGGUCAGCAGGGCUCUCAUGUCAUUUUAAUGGGACUAUAAUUGACUUAUUGAUUGUGAGAACAUGGCUCGAACUGAUGGGAGCUGCUGCUUCACAGUGAACAGAGUGAAUUCUAAAGAGUAAGAGAUGAGAAAAAUUGCAUGAAGUUCAUGACGGCGGCUGACACCUUAUAUUGUACCUCAUGUAUAGGGGAGUCUUAGUCUUGGAUGAUACAGAACAAUUGGACACGGUUCAUGAAGAGGCCUUAGUGUGGGAAAGUAUGCUGUGGUUUUGUAAGAGUAACAGCCUUGGUUAGAUUGUGCAACGCUUUGAUGGCAAAGUAAAGGUCACUCAGAGAGUUUGUUUUGCAGAAAGGGUGCUGAAGCAGAUGGAAAAGUGUCACUGAGGGGGAAAUCUCAAGGUCUGACUUUCCAAAACGUGAUUUUAAAAUGUCUUUCAAUCCCUGCAGGUUUGUGACCAUGCUAAAAGUUUUGCUUUUUUAAAACAAGCUCUGAGAUAAACAAUAGUCAUGAUUACAUGUGCAAAAUUUCUUGAUCCGAUUAAAAAUUUGAGGGAUCUGAUAAUCUGAAUCCAUUGUUGAUAUGGGUGCAAAAUCAAAUAAUCCGAUCAUGACGUACGCAUACAUACACCAAACUUUAGACAGAUAAGAGGCAAUUGGACAUGCGUAGAGUUGUCUGAUUUCGCUAAAACAACUGCAGAAGGGUUAUUAUUAUGCCUGUGCUGUCAACAAACGCGGUAGAGGCUCAUUUAAUCUAAUUCAUGAUUUUCCCCCUGUAAAUGUUGUCACUAGAUGGCGCCCUUGCGUACUUAUUUUACUGUUCUGUCAAAGGUUGCACUGUGUGUGCAGAUGUGACAUCAUUACGCUGUAUGUACGCCUUGUUAUGUUACCGGAAGAGCAGACACGGCACACGCGGUUCUGUUUUAUGCUAGAGUCUUGAUAAUGAAACCUCAUGUAUUUGCCUCAACAAAUACACCAAAGGCUAAAGAGUGAAGAUCGAGUCAGGUAAGAGUCAGGAUCGGAAUAAGUGUUUACACGGUUGCGUUUCGGAAAAACAAUCGGUGUAAACCACCCCUCUCGAUCAGAAUACAAUUUCUUUCCAAUUGAGCCGAAUUGGAUCAGAAUCUUCCUAUCGACAUGUUUACAUGACGCAUUUUUAUUCCGAACGGGCAUUUAUUCCGAUUAUUUGUGCCCCUGUAAACGCAGCUAGUGUUUCAUUACCACAGAAACAAAUGUCCCAAUGCUUAAAGAGUAAAACAAUAUAGUCAUUAAUCAAGGUAGACUUAGGGAUCACCAGAGUUAUGACCAUCCUGAGUUGUGCACCAAAUUUCACACUUAAAUUCCCAAAGUAUUCCUGCCAAUUUGUGCUGCUCUGGUUGAAUGUGCUUUUCUGAGAAAGUUGUUGAGUUGAAAACAAGGAGUUAAGUUGGUGAUGUGGUGGAGCAGCAGGAGCUGACUGCAUGGGGGAGUGAACAAACAGACUAGAAAUCCCAGAUCAGUGAUGGUCCUGAGGCACAGAAAUACUAAGGGUAUCUUUGAAAAAAGUCCCAUAUAUCAUUUUUUAUUCCUUGUUUUUACCAAACUUAGGUGGUGAAACUGUCUUUGGGUUUGUUGUAUGAGUAAAUUUUGAUGCAGACUUGAUAUGGACUGUUAUUUUGUUUUAUAGCUUCCAUCUGAUAUGAAUGUUGCUGUAGUCGCCACUGGAUCUGUCUUAUUAUCAGUUUGUGCUAUGUACAAUAUGUAUCAAUCCCAGAGCUGGUGAUAGUUGUCAGGAGUUGACACUGCUCGUUGUCUGUGAAGUCAGUGAUCUAAAAGUUAGGGUAGCACAGAGGGGGAGGAGCCCUCUGAUGGAGUGUGUUUGGGUCCCACCUGUAUAGAUUUCAACAUAAACUGCUUGUUUAUUUACGUCUGGCUUUCAAACAUUAAAGGUUGUGUUAGUUAAAAUGCAGGAUGAAACCUUUUCUUUAAACUGCUGACUGAAGUCUUUCUUCAUCAAAGUGUUUUCUAAUCCUUCAUCUGACUCAUCUGUAAAAUUCACGAUUGAAUUGUUAGUGUCAGAUGAAUAAUUUGGCCCAAGAAGAUAAAUGUUCUCACAUCAGUACAGACUUUCUCCCUCCAUCACAGAAACCAAUCAGUUUUAGUGUUGUACCAGCAGAAAAGUGCAUCGGUCACUACUCUUGUUUUCGUCCUUGCCAUCAGUUUGUCUCUGGUUUGGACAACCUGUCAGUCUGGGAAUUUAUCUUGAGCUAUUUGCUGCAUUUGAACUCAUAAAUUUGGGUUUUCAUCUCUACAGAGAUUUCUGCUAAAAUGGUACACACACAUUUUGUACUGUAUCCCAGCCUUUCUGAUCAGAGUAUGACACAACAAUUUUCUAUGGCUGAUGGAUCAUUUCUGCAAACUUCCAAGUAAUCCCAUGAGCCAACCUUAGGGACUGAUUCAAGGAUGAUGGGUGCACAUGGAGAGAUAGAAAGACCAGUUUGAGAGAUGAGUGCACAGUUCCCUGGUAAAGGGAACGGAUGAGGUUUUUUACACAGCGUAGGUGUGAGGGUGCACAACUGUCAGAGUAAAUCUGCAAGAUUGGGGCUGCUGGUUCUGUCUAGCUCAGACUUGCUUGUCCCUAGACUGCCUGUAGAAGUGAUGGAUGGCCUUGCCUGCAGCUUCCACAAAGAAACAGUCUUAAAUUGACAAAGAAGCAAUUUUCUCCACUACAGCUUUAUUUACUGCAGGAAAGAGAACAUAUGGACAAUAUAUAAUCUGUACUAGAAGUGAAUUUACUUGUUAUGUAGUUUGUCACUUUUGUAAGAUUAAAAACAAUUCAUCACAGGAAGAAAGGACAAGUACCAGUAUCAGAGAUAGAAUAUAGUAUACAGUUGCUUUUAACAAUGAGGCAAAUUUAAAGUUUUGCAGGUAUAUUUGUUGCAGUUAUGCUGCUGUAAACAAAAUUUUCUAUUCCCUUUUGUAUAUAUUAGGUAAAGUGGGUAGAAUAAUUCAUAGUGACACUCACACAAAGAAAUAUUCCCCUGACUCUUCACUUUCCAAAGGCAGCAUUUCUCACUGAGCUUCAGCGGCCCACUCUUUUGGCUCAGUCUCACUGCUCUCUUAGUUUUGUUUUCGGCUGUUGAAGUUCGCUGUUUUACAAAAAUAUGACUUGAAACGGACAAAGUGCUUCCUGCCAAUCCAGACUGCACACUUAAAAAGACAGGAAAUACUGUUGAACUGAGCAGAGAAGUUACCAGCGCAACAGGGAGGGUAUUACCACGGGUGGUGGAGACCAAAACAGAGCUAGUGAGCUGUAUUUGAAGUAAAAAGAGUUUUUUGAGAAUUAUUUUUUGUCUCCUCAAGUUGUGUAAGAUAAGUCUUUAACAUGUCCUUCGUCAGAAUCCCAGGUCAUACCCUUGUCUGUCUGUCUGUACCUGUCUGAAAGAUGGAUGGUGCGUCUUUCUCCAGUCAAUAAACUUCAUUUAUGUCGUAUGGAUUCAAACUGAAAGUGAACAUGACGGAUGAUGGCAGUGAGCCAGCUGCUCUUUAUCGUAGCAAAAAUGUUUUGGCACGUGACUAACAGGCAGAUGGGGAUCAGAAAAGGGCUUCGUGUCAUUUAGUUUGUUCCACAUUGAAAGUAGACUCAAAGCCAAUUUGAGUCUUUGGUGCAUCGCAUUAGUCCGUCAUCACAUCUAAGCUUGCAAGGUCUUCAAAACACCAUGACAUGGUGUGAAAUUACCAUAAAGCAAAGCAGGGCAAUACCAGAGGCAUAAUGAGGAAGACCUUUGACAUUUUGAAGGAACAGGUUAAUUAUAUCGUUACUGAGAACAACAGAAAUUCAAAAGAAAAUCCAGUUCACGCUUGUUGGAGAUGUUUGUGACCGUCCGGUUCAGCAGCACUCUCCUCCACCGUCAUAAAACACAAAAUGAGGGAACAUCUCGCAGUAGACUGGUGUUCAUUCCUCUGAUACAUUUCCAGACACUGAGAUGCUCUUCCAGGAAGCACUGACACUGAGCUGGACACCUUACUCUUAAUGGUUUUUCCUUUAAUGUGUUAUCCAUUUGACUCACUCGUUGAAUGGAGCACUAAGUUUUAUAUGAUUAACUGAUGUACUGAAGGCUGCUUUAUUAAUGGGCUGGACCAUUUAUUGCUUAAAUCUUCAUUUUUUAAAAGAUUUUUAUGCAGUGACUAACGAUCAGAUACUUCUAGUUUAAUGAACUGUCCUGCUUUGAGGAAUUAACCAAUUAACAAAAUGAUUAGUUAGCUUGUCUCUUUCUAAAAGUAACACAUAUAGUCUACUGUAAACUAAUUAACUAAUCAAUUAAUUGCUUUCUUCAUAAAAGGGGAUGUCAAAGAAUUAGCCUGCAAUGAGGACAUUAUGGUGUAUAAAAUGUAUAUAUUUAAAAAGUAUAAUUUCUGAUUAGUCCAAGGUAGUUCAUGGUAUUUUUUAUUGUGAGCGAGGAGUGUGCAGUGACACAAAAAAACAGAACUUUUCCUUUAUGUCACACAGACUGAUAGUGGAAAAUCUUCAGAGAUAUGUAGGUCUGGGCUCUCUGCCAGUACAGACUAAAGGCCAAACCUGGCCAUUCAUUUCUUUCUUUUUCUGACCUUUGGCGUCAAACUCAAUGAUCGCUCCUUUUUCAAAUUAACCAGAGAUGGAAAAAGGGCCAUCAGCCAACCAGCUACUGCACCUUAUAAUUCACACUCAGCAGGACUUGCUUUUUAGUUUUAACAAGGUUUUCUUCACCAAGAGUCUCUGUCAUUAUCUAUUCUUCAUGCUAAACCCAUGUGCCUUUGCACAACUUGAAAAAUCCCAUGACCUGGAAAAUGGGUUUUUGUCAAAAACAAAACACUAUCUCAUCAUGAAAGCGAGCCCUAUGCCAUCCUUAUAAAACUGCUGUGAUUGUGCUUGAGAGAGCACAGAUCAUUUUGACCGCACAUCCGGCUGGCAAAGCACUUGGAGCCCUGACUUCACUCAGGAGACCUAAACAGACAGACAGUGAGAUGAACUAAGAGCACAGCAUCUCUCUGGAGAGAAGCACUUCAUGUCACUUUCCAUAAGGCUUGAGGUGAAGGCAACGGCUCAGGGGUGACAAACUCUGACAGCUCAAAAGGAGCAGCACACUGCUGAUUCCUGGAAAGAAAGAGAGGACAGAAAGAGACAUGUUCUGAAUUAUUUUUGCUGCCCUGUGUUUCUCUUCAGUUUUCUCAGGAUUUUGUGCGGUGAAGGGGACGAUAACGCACAGUCCACAGUUUUUUUGUUUUUUUUUAAAAAAGGGCUUUGAUAAGAAGUUCAAAGACUGCAAAUAUGAAACUAAACAUUAUUUUUGGCACCAUGUUGAGCAGGACAAAAGCAGGGGACAUCUUAGAAUAUUUCCACUAUUAAAGGAUAUGAAAUAAAUGCCUCGUGUGCAAUUAGUUGACCAGCACAAAUAUUUUCCAGACAAAAUCAUUUAAAAAAUUUUAUGGUGAAAUUAGUCAAAUUUUGAGGAUUUGCCCAGUAUCCUUAAAUGUCUGUAUGGCCAGCAAUGUUAGCACUUUCAUAAGCCUGCAAGCUCAUAUGCUUAUUAAUAAUACAGAUAUCUAAUGAUGUGCCCACACAGAAUGCUGUGAGGUUUUUAUACCUUGUGUCAUUUGAUCCAUUGUUUGCUUGUACCCUACAACACCAGUGUUGCAAAAGUUGUCCACUCAUUUAAAAGUUAAAUGAUAAAGCGCACAGAUACUUACUGCACAAAAGCCUCUUCUAUUGUGCACCAGAGUCAGGUCAGUGACAAAGCCCUUGCCGGCUGCCACUUUCCUGUCAGUCUCUGUUACUUUUGAUGUCCAUCCUCUCUGUGCACACUCAGCCUUUCAAAAACAACGUGACAGCAGCCCGUUUCGCUGGUUCUGUUGCUCAGUCUUUUAAUUUUAACCCCCUCCAUCGCAACAUUUGUCUGAAUGUGUGAAAGUGCUAAACUUUUCAAAGUUUCUGCGUCUUCUGUUAAUGCUUCAUAAAAGUCAAAUUAGCAAAAAAGACAAAAGCGUAAUUUUGUUCACAAAGUGGUCAUCAAAAUCAGCACAAACCUCAAAUUCCAUGAUAGAGCUGUUUCCUUGUUUUACGUCUUUAUUUUAAGAUAAGUUAACCAUCUGCUUGCUGUGAGGAAACAUGGAGUUGUAGUUGUUAAAUCUUUGCAAAGCAAACUGGAUAUUUCCCAAAUUUUAACCAUAGGCACAACAUGCAUUUAUCUUCUCCUCUUACGGAGUUGUCUUAUCCCCACUGCCAGAGCGCCAAAUACACUGAGCAGGAACGUACUGCUUUAAUUUAUCAAAGGAUCUUUUUUAUACUUUGAAUGAAAAGAUUAGGGAGAAUUCUUUGGAACAACAGAGGGAAAACAGAGACAGAAAUAGACAGAAGGGACAGGACACAGACACAGACUGUGGCAGUAAACAAAAUAUAACCAUGAACAUUACUUUAUAAAAUCUGGUUCAAGUCAUUACACAGAGCAAAAACUGAUGGUAAGUGUGUGUGCGAGAAAGAGGGAGAGAGAGAGAGCAACCAGACAUUUUAUUGGAAAUGGACUGCACUCCCAGCGUUUGGCUCCAAGAGUCAAAACACACACUUAAACACGCAGACACAUAGAAACCUGCAUCCUCAGCUGUUGGAGAUCAGACAGCACUCUGUCUGAUAUCGCUCCAUUUCUGUCACUUAUUCUGCAGCUCUGGUAUUUAAAAGCUCCAACGUGUAAAUAACCUGCAUGCAAGAGCACGUUGUAUUUAUGUUCAAAUGUAAACGAUCUUUAGUAGCCAUAUGAGGAUGAUGCUGUGUAAUUCAGAUAUGUUUGUGCUUUUAUUUCAUCUUAAAUGUUGGAUGUUAAACACGCUUUGAGGGCGAAAAUUACCAGAGUCAAAAAUUACACUAAACAAAGAUCCCAGACUCGAACCUGACAUGUGCCCUCCAUCAAAAGAAAACCCAGAAAAUAAGUGGUUGUGAAUGUUGUCUGUAUUAGCCUUGAACUCAGAGAUGUGAACUCAGCUUGAGAUGUUUUGCAAGCUCGCCCUUACUUGCCUUGAAUAAAUAUUUCAUACCUUCAAUUUUAGAACAUAAAAUCACUUUUUUGUGAUAUAAAAAAUGCUCAUCCAAGCUGUAGACUCUUGUGAUUCCUUUCUGUGGUCGGGUGUACUUGAUUUAGUCCUCCUCUCAUUCAUGUAGUACCAUGUGAGUGUAAUUUGGUUGCCUCAUCGUAAGACAUGGAUGAGAGGAUGCAGAACUUAGACGCAGAAGCCAAGGCCGCAGUUGCAUCAGAUUGUUUGUAGUGUACUGUGUGUGUUCAAGCAUCAUUAGUCUGUGCAACUGCUCUUCCAGCUCAUCCGUGCUGUGAAGAGCAGACAUGCUGAGUAGAAUAACGACACCUUCAGUAAAGUGCUUUCCUUGUAUGAAGAGGACAGUGUGUACUUGGAUAAGAUCAGCAGCAGCACCUGCCACACAUCACCUAAAAGUGACUGCAUUAAAAAAAAUAAAUAAACUGAGAAAGAAAGAGUUCACAUUUUGAUGCUGAAAUAGUGAAGUGAAAGUUCUCUCAGUGAACUUCAUCUCAAAACGCCACUUUGUCUCUGAGUACCUCACCUUUAUAGUUUUCAUGUUUUUGUGUUGACCAAAUAUUCACAAGUGAAGAUUCCUGAAUGGCCUUAUGAGAUUAGCUCAAGCGGUGAGUUCAUGCUUCUAAAACACACAGACCAUUUGCAUGUUCACAUAGUGUGAAUAAACUAUUUUGUGUAUAUUUUGUGUACAGCUAGUGAACAACCCCCCAGUGUUGCUUUAAAUUAUUUAUGAUUAAUAACCACCAAGCCACUGCAUCUGUUUUCUGACAUGCACCCCAAAGAUAACCCCAAAUUGACCUCACUGGAGUGAAUUAACAGUUGGACUCUAAUUACUAGUGGAAUAUCAUUUGAAGACAUCAGAUAAUAGCAGUUUUCAGGACCUUUGUGCAGUUCUAAAUAGGGUUUACGGCAGGUGUUUGUUGGGGUUAGGAUGUCUCUGUUAGCUGAUUUGACCUUUUGCUACAUGACAUAAUUUGUGAACAUUUUCUCUGGCUUCAGUUAACCAUCAUGGUCACUGCUGCGAUGGCAAACUCAAUACUUCAGAAUGGUAGGCCAUAAAUCAAUGACAAAUCCACUUCACUUCUUUAACAACACUUCUUUAUCCACUUCUUUAUGAAUGUCAUCUCCAUCAAAGACCUCUGUGAAACAGAUAUGGUCACCUACUGAGUACAUGCUCAGCUCAGCCAAGUCAGUGUAUGUAUACUAUGCAUUAGGACAAAAACCAAUUGUACACAGUUGAAUGAGAAGAUGUCUUUAAGGUGUACUGGGUUGAGACAAUCAGAAAUCAAUCAGACAAUCAUCCAUGUCUUCACAACACAAAUCUUAUCAGCUGCAUGUCAAUAGUUCAUGUAUUGCUUUGGACUUCUUAUCAAGGUGAGAAAAGGCUGAGUAAAACACUUACAUUCACGCCAAAUAUCUGCUAUUGCUCUAGUAAAACAGUAUAUCCAGGCAUGUUUUGUGUGUAAGUGAAAGACACUGAUAUACUCCCAGGUGUGUUGUAGGUAUAUCAUAUGAGGCUGAAGUUGUCAGAUGCUUGGACCAUCUGCUACUAUCUUCCCGAUGAGCCCAAAGCAGAGUACAUUUUGUUUUCAAUUAGGACAGUUUGCUCACCACAAAUGUGAUUAAACCUCUGCUACAUGCAGCAUUGAAGAGGACAUUUAGCAGAGAUCAGGAGAAAUGGUUUCAGCAUCAGAGGUAAAGGCUUGUUUAGAUAUUACAGAGUUGUGAUCUUCAUUCAGAGGUGUGGGUUGUCCUUUCUACAUAAGUUGUAGUGAUAUGUUUGAAACGGAUCUCUCAAUCUCAUGUUUUAGACGAUAUACACCUUUACUACAUGUCCAAAGUAGUUGAAGCAGUUAUCUAGACAGGAUGUUCAAGUCAGUUGCAUUGGAGGAGAUUUUGAUGCGCCUGCUAGUCAAAAAAUCCUCAGUAAAUAAAAUAAGAAGUGUCAGGGUACAGUUUUAUAUCUGAUCAAAGUGGGGUGAUUUUAUCUGUGGGCUGAGGGUCUCUGUUAGCUGCUAAUGAUCUUAACUCCUCUCAGUGAGAAUACUGGUCGACCAGUUUUAGUUCUUCAGGAAAGAACCACAAGUGUCUUAACAAAACUGGUUUUGUGUUAACAAGGUUAUUAAUUCACUUUUAGGGCCUUGUACAUGCAUUCAGACUAACAAAGAUAAUCAUGUGUAUGCAACUAUACUUUAAAAUCCAAGUGUAAAAUGUUUAUCAUCUGUGCACACUUAAAAUGUUUUAUGUCCAAAAAGGAUUUAGGAGACGUUAAGCUGCAGGAUGUACAAAUCAAAGUAGAUUUGUAGAUGUUAAUUAUUGUUAUUGGUUGUUUGAAUAUGAGCAAUCACUGCAAAGCCUCAAUCUAUCACAGUAAGAAAGACUCAACAGCUCAUUGUUUUCCCCUUCUUCUCCAUCCUUUGCAUGGAUGCAAACUGGCAACACUGUAAACGAGUCUGUUGAAAAGCCAGCACCCUGUCUCCAUGCUUGUGCUGAUCCUGUUCCCUCAUUCUUGUAUAUGCAGAACAUUUGAAGCUCUCCCAGUGCCCAAAAACAAACUUGGCCAAGGCAUUUGUUCAGUCCAGACUUUUGUUGUAUUGACAGUAAGACUUAUCAAUUCUUUCCCUAUGAGCAGCAUAGCUCCUUGUUCUCUCUGUGCCCUAACAAAGAGGAAGCACAUGAGGAUUACCGCGACAUUGGCACUUUUCUCAGGCUAAUCUGUACUCAUUCUAUUUCAUUCUGUUUCUCCACAGACUCCUCAGAUGAGCCUUUAAAGUUGUUAGAGCUGCAGCAUGUUCACAAACAAGACUGCCCAACAAAAUAUUCCUGUAUUACUGUUGCUUUGUUGCAGUUUGUCCCUCACUUAAACACAAGAAAAACUGAGCCAAUCAUCGUGUUAUCGGCUCUAAACACUGUAAAGAAGCCUGUUUCAAUCUCAGUCAUCUAUGAGUAGGAUGUGCCAACACUUCUGGGCAGACUUGCCAACAUGAAGGUUGGCAGAGUAUUUCAUAGAGGAGGGUGGACAGUUUAAUGCUUCUGCUUCUGAUCAGUGGAUAUAAACAUCCACCCUCUCUGUCCUGGCCCUCACCUCUGUCUGCCUGAUGGUCUGUGAAGAAAGCGAAGGACUCGCAGAAGCAGACAACAACAUUGAUGGUACAUUUCUUUGUGUGUGUGUGUGUGCGUGCGUGCGUGCGUGCGUGUGUGUGUGCGUGCGAGAGUCUAAAAGUAUGUCAUUCACCUUGCAGUUUGAGAUGGGCCCUUGAGGGCCUUUCAAGCAAUUACACAAAAUUAUGCUGAUUAUGAUCCCUUUCAUUCACUCAAGGCUAUCUUUUCUUCCGGGAAACGAUUCAAGAUACUGCGCUUAUGCCACAGUACUUGAACCAAUGCCUUUUGAAAGUAAAAUCACAGUACAAAAAGUUCAGAUUUACAGCAAAUGAAAAGAGUCACAGGGGAUUUGGAUUUAAACAGGCAGCAGUAUGAAUGGGUACAAGCGUUUAGCAAACAGAGAUGUAUUGAUUAACUGUCUGUUCAGCAACAUACAAAGAGACAGUAAUGGAGACUGUGAGGCAACAACUACAUCAGAAAAAUAAUGGUUGUCUAGGAAACAGCUGUUUGACUUUAAUUAUUUUAGGCUUUGUUUAUCAUGCUGAUGCUUGUUUUUAUAAAACUAACAUAACAAACCAACAUCAAGUGAAAUUAUUAGCAGUUAUUCAGCUGUCAGUUACCAAUGAUCACAUUUUAAUCACGUUUAGAAUUCAAUGGUUUUACAUUUCAAAGACAAUUUUUGGUCCAUUUUGGCGAUUUAAAGACAUUCUUGACCAUGACUCCACCAUGACUGGAGACACUUAAAAAGGGUUCAUUCAGACAGUGUUUGUUUCUUUAAUUUCAAGGAUUUUUGCCUUUAUUUAGGGGAUGGGGGGGGGGGGGGGUAUAAGCUACGCCUGGCUGACCGCCUGGUGAGCGGUGCCCCAUGACAGUGUUUAUUUCUUUUUUAUUGUUAAAGACAACAUUACCACAUGAAGAUGUGCUCAUCCAAAAUGUCAAUAUGGUGUGCAGUUUUUCUGACAUCAUUUUGAUUGUAAUUAUGUGUAGAACUACAAAGACAAGGUGAAGGGUAGGCCUAAAUGUUAAAGCUCAGUAUAAAUAUGUGUUUCUAUACAGCUCUAGUUAUUAGAUCAAUAAAUUUGAAAUUGUGAAUAAUGUUAAUAUGAGCGUGAUUUCCAGCCCAAACUGACUUCUUCUUAUCAUUAUCAGCACCAUAAACAAACACAUUUUAUUAAGUUUCCCUUGUCAAUUUGUCGUACUGAUUUUUCUUUCAGGUAUUCUCUCAUUCUCUCUGCAAAAUAAAUUCAUUAGUUAUGGAUUCCACUAUCAUAUCAACUCUAUGAAAAAUGUGUUUCACAUUUUGAUAAAAAGAAAACAAAUAAAUUUUCCUGAAAAUUUUGCAAUCACAUAUCUUUGAUAAAAUGGCAAACACCAGUGGGACUAGCACAGAGCCCUGAGGAACACACAGGGAUCCAAUAACAGUAAUAGUUUUUAGGUCUACAGGGCUAAGUUUGAUUUUUGGUGAUCACUGCUUCAAAUAGAAGCUUAUUGCCUUUAUAUUUUUAUUUCUGAGUGUUAUAUCUAAACAGCAUCCAUGAACAUUUAAUAAUAGUUGACCUACUUCCUGUAAUAAAAGGUGUAUUGAUCCCUUGUUGUGCUCCAAUGUCAGAUGAUAUGGUCCCUUGUGCACACUGACCUCUCCAUAUAUCUGCUAUAUCCUGCCCAUAAACCACACAUUAGUGCAGCAGUGUGGCAGACAAACACAGGAAAUUUGAGAAGCUUACAGGGCUUGAUUCAGGUAGACUGUACUCUGUAUUUGUGUGGUAUAAGGUUAAGCAGAAGACUGAAGGAUUUGAUUUAACCUCCAUCUACCCUGUGAGUGUUUGCUGAGUGAGCUUUUGUGAAGUACCCUUGGUUCAUCAGCAGCAGAUGUUCGGAGGAUGAAGAUUCGUUUUUCCUCCUUAAUCAGGUCUCUGAAUGUGAAUCCUUCCCUUGUUGUAUAGAGGACACUCAUUCAUCCUUUAGAUAGCUUUUGCAUCACGCAAACUGGCAGUGAAAGUGUUAGAGCCAUGGAUGUACAUGGGAAAUAUGAGUAAUACUCUUUGCUGCCAGGAAACAGAAAACAGCAUUCCCUCAGCAUACAUCAGCUCAGACAGAUGGCUGUGGAGAGACGGUUAUCUCUGCCUGUGUUAUUUGGUCCACUGGGGAGCCUCCAUUGACUGUUUGGCAGAUUAAUUUAAUUCCUUCAUGUACAAAUUUGUGUGUGAGUGUCUUCAACUGCAGUAAACACAAUAAAAUAUUCAAGGCUUUGUGUGUGCGGCAGCUCGUAGAGCCUGAUGGUGUGUGAUAUGAGAUUUGUCUCCGAGGAUGAUGAAUAGAGUCGAGCUGACUGUGCUAAUGAUCUGCUGUGUUCAAGGAUAAUUACUCAGGGCUGUUUUGGCGGGUUUCAUCGGGAUCAGGAUACAUAUUUCAUUAUUGUACAAAUAGUUUGGGCGUUUCCCAGUAACUAGGUCAAGUCCAGUGUAGCUCAGGGUCUCCAUAUAUUAGAAGCAUGAGUAAGGACCUCUUUUGAUUGCAGUGAACACAUGAAAGUCGAUGCAAAUUCAGCUGUGUACAAUAAAAAGUUAUUCAUAUCAUAAAAGCUGGUAAUGAAUCACUGUUUAUAUUCUCGAAAGGGUAACUACAGGUUAUUUGAGGACCCUUACUUUGUGAAAUCAUAUAUCCUUUCCACACUGGCAUUUUAACUAUGAUAAUGACUGCAGGAUUAAAUUUAAAUCAAUACAGAGGUCUCAAAUCUCAAGCAGAGCUGUAAUUAGAUCUUUUCCCCCUGCAGAAAAAUUACAAGACAAAGCAGUAAAAACACAGUGAAAUACACUGAUUAAAACGUAAGGGUGUUUCUGUGAGCCUGUGUCGAGUCUACAGAAAUCGAUAUCAGCCAUAUUUGCAACUUGAUGAGUCUUCUGUAUUCUGAAAUUUCAGCUUCAACACUCUGGAUCUUUGGCAACCAUUGUAGUCUCUGCAUGAAGUCAGAGUUUGUCUCUCAUAACAUCAACUGUAUGAGCCAUUUUAUUUAUAUUACUUUUUGGAUUUUGUUUUGUUACUCGCACAAUCACCACAAGGGGCAUUUCAGGUGAAUGGGCAGGUAAAUACUACAAAAGGGACACAGGUGAAGCAGUGAUUUGGGGAACGGGAGGAGCACACGGUUUUUACCGCUAAUCUCAGACACCACUCUCACCCUCAUCACGAACAUCACCAUUGUCGUAAUUUGGACGUAUCUGUCUUUUUUUUUCCCAUCUAAUCAACAAAUGGCAAGAAUAUAAUACAGCAAUAAACUUGGACUGGACAUUAGAUUGUACUAGAAGCACGUCAAAAACAUCUCACUCCUGCACCCAGACAUUGGCUAAAAUUCAGGUCAGCAUAGUCACUACAUCAACUAUAUUAGCUUAUCACCUUGAUCGAGUAGAGCCUUUUUUCUGGGGAUAAUAAACUGAUUAACCCACAUACAGUUGAUUCAAAAGGCCUCUAUCAAUUUGCCAUUAACAUGCAAUUUUAAUUAAAUUUGUAGGGUGACAGUGCCACCCAAAAUCAGGACACAGGGGUUGGUGAUAAAGGCCUGUUCUGUCCUCAAGCGAGUGGAAAUGAAGUUCCUUGUCACAGUCUUCUGAUCACAACCAGAGCACAAAAAUCCUUAAAAAUUGCUGAGCUCACAUUUAAGGAAAGAGGGUCCCUCAUGGAAGACACAAAAUGAACUUGCUUUAGGCACUGUAUGAACAUUUUUACUUUUGAAUGUGUCAAAUUAAGACAGAUAUCCAGUUUCUGAGGCUAUUGUACUAAACUGCUGUCAGAACAGAUGAGUCUUUUCUAUUUACAGCAGUAUUUACUAUAUUUUGUUUCGAUGUUCUUUCCUCUAGAUCUCAAAUUACAACAAAGACCUUUGAGCAAUUAUCUGCUGUUUUUCUUCACUAGACCUCCCAAAGGUCCACCAAUCCCCUGGGAAAUACUCCUGGUUGGGAUCAGAAACACAUCUCUGUCAACAGUAUUGGACAUUGGAGAGUCAUUUUGCGUCCAGAGGGGCUGUUUGACCGUCAAGUUACAGUUAUUGUAUUUUCUUUCAUAAGGUCUUCUGUCAACAAACACAAGCCAUAAACGACUAAAACCCUGGUGGAUGAGUAACAUCUGUGUUUAUGUUUGUCUCCUCCACAAUGUAAUGAGCUUUGCUUCUUUAUUAAUCAUAUGGGAUCAUUUGUACGCUAUGCAAUAAUAGUUUUCAUAAUAGCUUAACUUAAAUGUGUUUACUCGCCCUUUAUACACGGCUCUCAUGAGUCUUGUGCCAUGUUCUGUAUAGAAGCCUAAGCUUGCAAGGUUAACCAUAAAACCCUCUGCUCAUGUUUGUGUUCAUUUCUCCUCUAUAUCAUGUUAUGACCUGCUGAGCUGUGCAUUAAACCUGACAAAGCUAAUGGGAGCCAAGGUUGAGGCACUUUGGCCUUGUUUUUAUAGUAUAGCGUCGAAGAGCAGAAAACACACCACAGAAAUCAAUUUUAUUCUCCAUCUACCUUUUUUUUUUUUGCAGUCUCAGCAGAAAUGCAUCGUGAUCUUUGCCCUGGUGUGCUGCUUUGCUGUACUGGUGGCGCUGAUUUUCUCCGCUGUGGACGUUUGGGGCGAGGAUGAAGACGGAAUCACUGAGGAGAACUGUAGCAAGGACUGCAGGUGAGAGCAGCUUAACCCUCAUCUUUUGAUUAAAUGUCUGUGAAUCCUGGUGAUUUUGACGUUAUGUUCAUCUUUGCAAGUUCAAGCUGUAGAGCAGGAGUUACAGACUGAAACUGGUCCUUUGUCAUUUGAAUAGCCUUUGUUUGAUUUUUUAUUUACAGGGAAACUGAAACUUUCCAGGAACAGGUGGACAGGUGCUAUUCUGUAAUAACCGAGAAAUAACAAGGAUUUCACUUUGAACUGAAGGAAAUUCUCUGACAUCCAGUUUUUUACAUCAAGUAUACAGUCAUGCGGUGCACUCAGUGAUCAGUCAGUGGCUUUACCUGGCAAGUACAGUUGUGUUUUAUCAGCAUAGAAAAGGAGGUUUUGUCAGGGAGUCAUUUAUCACCGACUGCUGGAUACACUAGAUUCACCAAGGGGCUGGCACCCACUCUCACAAACACAUACCAUGGACAUACAAUGACAGAUCAUGAUUGCUGAUGGGUUAAAAGAUUUCAGGUCAUUUCAUAUGAAGGACUGUCAGCAGAGAAAGAUUUAUUUCAAACAAAGAAACUGGAUUUUACAGUUCUUUAAAAUCACUGUAUUGGAGGUGAACAUCAAUCAAACAGAGCUCUUUCACAAAGUCAUACAUUCAGAUUUCAAUUUGUUAUAUGAUUUGCUAAAACAGUAGUAGUGUAGCCAGUUGAUGUCCAUCUUUUUGUUUGUUAUCCUGAAGCCUUAGAGAAUUCUCCCUUUAAGCAUGUCUUAUGCCCUAAAUAACACCAUAAUCCAUAUGGUUUUGUCUGACCUUUGUGGGUAAUGUGUUUUAAACCACUCCCACCACUUAACAAACUUGCCACACUGGCCUCGGUUUGCUUCUGAACCACAAAGUAAUCCCAGUCUGUCCCCGCAACAGUGCUAACUAAAUGGCACAGAAUAUAUCAAGAGCAAUGUCAAUGGUGCAGUACAACAUUUUUAGUCUGGUGACCACUGAAAGCCCCCAAGGGCUGCAUGUCAGCAUUUACCCUAUAACACAUCAUUGGCUGAGGCUGCUAUGCAAAGUGCCAAGCUGCCCAUCAGGAACUAAUCCAAUCACAUUCACAAGCUUAUAGCUGUGACUUCAGGAGCAAUUUAGGGUUCAGUAUUCUGCCUGAGGACACCUCAACCUAUUUCCCAAUGAAAAAGCAACCCACUUUCCUCUGAGCUAGCCCUAAUGUGGAGGCUGCAUUUAGUUCUACUACAGCAUUGCUGGAGUUUGUUUAGACAGGGUGUACUGUUUCCACAAAUAAAAUCUAACAAAAGCAACAAAAAAGGCUCCCUGCCAAGAGGUACCAAUGUAGAACAAAUUUCUGUUUCCCAAACCUGGUCCCAUAAUAGCCCCCUCUGCUGACCAAGCUCUUCUUAAAAGUGUCACACUUCACCAAGUUUCUACAGCUUGUUAAACCCCCCCAAGGAAAGAAAACCUUAUCUUAAGUUUGACCACUCAGCCCUCAUUACUUUCCUGCCUCUCUCUUUUUACCCCUGUGUCCACUUUCUCUUCCUCAUGUCUGUCAAAUCAGCCAUCGAACACCCACUCACAAAACUCUAUCAGGUCUUCCUCUCCUCGACUCAGGGCUGAAUAAGUGAUCCUAAUUUGUAGGGCGAGAUUGGACUUCUGCUCUGCCCUGAAGGACAAAUGCAGGGUAAAAUUAGAGUUAACUCAAGUCAAGGAGUGGGAUGAUUGAAAGAGGAGAGGCAAGACACAUUUUCACCAUUAUUGUAGCAAAGAUAAUUACAACACAAAAGACGACAUUUAAUGGCGAGGAAUUACAAAAGCACAAAGCUGUCAUUCAGCUUGUGUGAGGAAACCGGAGUACACAGACGCAGGGAGGACAUGCAAACUCCACACAGAAACGCCCUGAGCCGGAUUUGAACUCAGAACCUUCUUGCUGUGAGGCGACAGUGCUAACCACUACACCACUGUGCAACCCGAUUGGUUUACAAUUUGAAGAAAAAGAAAAAGGGUUUUGUAAUUUCUUGGAUUUAGGAAGGACAUGUUGUAGACACUAACUGUGCUGUUAUGUAGAACAGUGAAAUUAGAGCUUCUAUUAACACUUAAAUACUUAGUUAAUGAAUUCAUAUGGUCAUCCCAGAGUAGCACAUUUUAUUCAUAUUGUGUUGAUUGAAUGGAUAGUGAAACCAGAGUUUAGAGGGAGAAGGACAGCAUCAGGAUAGAAUCCAGGUCGGCAUGAGUAAAAGAUCAAUACAUCAAUUUACUGUCAUUGGCUUGUCAGCUCAAGACUGUGCUGCUCAUUUAUUUUUUACUCCAUAGUCCUCAUGAUAAAAUUUUACAGUGACAUGCCUCAUUUGAAAGACCUAUGAGGUUUAAAAGCCAGAUAAAAUAGAUCAUUUCUUCAAGAACUUGGCUCAAGGCAAAGCGCAGGAGCAAACAGGAAAAGUGAUACAUUUCUGAGAGUCUGACAUUUUCAUAAUGAGGUGCACUGAGGCUUGUUCAUGCUCACUUAAAUUCUUAAAGGUGCCUGUAAUUCAUCACAGAAAAUGCAUGUAAAGCCUUUUUAGUCAUUGUCAUAAUCUAGUGAGAGUUUACAAGUGAAACCAAAGACUAUCUCUACUGACUAAUCAACAUACAGCCGUCUGAUCCCCCCUCUGUUUUGCCUUGCUUUGCUGUUGUAACUUAGACUUGUUACAGGGCUUACACUUUUGUUAUGUAGAUUUCUGUUUGAUUUGUUUUUAUGUGCAUAAUAAAUAAUGCAGAUUGCUGGAUUUCAGAGAUGGGAGAUCUAAGAUGGUUUGUUUUUAUUAUGCACUGACAUCAGAUUAAUUCGAAUUCUACUUUUCCCUCGGAGAAUGAACCUCUCCAGUAGUGAUUGCAUUAAAACAUGAUUCCUUUUAAGAAUACAACUGGAUAUGUUUUUUGUUGUGGGAGCAAAGUGGUUUUACCUUUCACCUUAUCCCUGAUGUGAGUGUGUAAUUGCUUGUGUCAUGCUGGUAAUAAGCAUUUUUGUAUUGAUCUCCAGCUGUUAUAUGGAAGGGUAGAAAAUGUGUGCAGAGAACUAGACUUAGGCUUUUAGCACCUCCCGAUUUAUCAGCUGUCUCGAGGUACAACAUUUUCAAACAUUUUUUAAGAGCCAUAGUUCCUUCCAUCCAUAAAUAUUUUACAUAUAAAUGUCAGCUCAUGGCUGACACUUCUUAAAAAAAGUGAAAGCCAAUAUUUGUAACCAGGCACAAGGUUCAACAGUGGGUGAGACUUAAACUUAAUAAAAACUGUGCAAAGAAUGUAUGAAAAACUAAAACAAGAGCUAAAACUUUCCAUAGGUAAGCACUAAGGAUGUGCACGUUUAGUCAACUACAUGAUUAAAUGUGGUCACCGUCCACUCAGCACUAUAUCUACAGGUCCAAAUUAGCACGUCUACUGUUUUGGACUCAAAAUGCCUGUCGUGUAUUGGGUCCGAGCUAAAGCACAGCCAUCCAACACUCUAGCUCUAGUAAAUGACACUACUAUCCAGAUGUAAACAAGCACAGAUGACAGAUAGCAUCUUGCAGCACAAUGCAGUUUUGCAGGAUUGAUCUAGAAAAUGAGUAGCAUAAAGCUCAACUGGAGCAAUCAGCAAACCAGCACAUGCAUAUGAACGUUAACUUGCAAGGAGGACUGGGGGUUGAGGGGGAUACUUCUGCUAACGUUAUCAGCAAACCAAUUUGACAUUGCUCAUCUGUAGUCUCUGUAGUCCCCUGUUUGGCUUUGCAGAAUCGUUUGAUUUUGACAGUUUUUGGAGCGUUUUUCUACCUUUAGAUUAGUCAGUUUGUCAGAAUAUGGAUUUCCAUUUAAAGGACUAAAAAAUUAGACGCUUGAGAAAAUCCUUGUUAAGCAUUAAUGUAACUCAGUCCAUUAGGGUGACCAUACAUCCUCUUUUACCUAGACAUGUCCUCUUUUUGGGGAGCUGUUCGGGCUGUCCAGCUUUGUCUGGGGAAGUUUCUAAAAUCCUUCAAAUGCCCACGGUUUUGUAUGUAAGUUUCGAGUUUGUCUCACAUGGACUUACUGAGUUAGAAGCAUGUAAAAGACACUUGAUCUGACCCGAAAAACCAACCGAAAAACUUUCAAAAUAAACUUCGCGCGACUCUGUGACUCCACCCCUGUGUAGUCCUGUCCUCUUUCUGGUUAGUCAGAAUGUGGUCACCUGACAAUACAUCAAACCCUCUCAUUUGGUCCCUGAAGUCCUACAUGUUUGCUUUAUUAUUGGAAAUGUUAUUGUAGGUGUACUGUAUAAGGGUUGUCCCCACUGUAACCUAAAAUUUGACUUCUUACGCUAAUAUAAAACAGCAUGUCAUGUCAGUAUUACAAGAUGUUUUAAUUUAUCCCAUCCAGAAAAUUUACAUAUUAGUGAGCCACUGUUGUUGACCACAUCAGAUAACAACUAACCUCACUGAAUGCUUUUCACUGGUCAUUUAUAAACAUGUAUACCAUAGUGUAGUUUCAGAUAAAAAGAGUCGGUGUAACUUACACAAGGAGAUAACAUAUUAAUGUAACAUAUUUUAGACUUGAAAAACCCAGAUAGAUCUGUGUUGAAGCUUAAAUACAACAAGAAAAGUUCACCAUAGAAAUAAGGCCACGUGACUAGAUAGAUGGUCUUUUUUAACAACUAAACAACACAGCAUGAAAACAGCUUGAUAUUUACAGUAGGUCUUAUCAAAUUUGAACAGCUGGCAUCUGUUACAAGAAAGUUUACAAUACAAUCUACUGUGUAGUCAGCUUCAUGGGUCGGCCAAACCAUGAAUGUAUCUGAUUAACAAGUGGACCUGACAUUUCUCUUUCAGAUGCAGGAAGCAGGGCAGCAGCAGCAGCUUCUGUGAUCCCCAUAUUAAUGUCCUUGCUGCUGUGCACUCAGUGCUCAGAGCAGCUCAAGAGGGUGGAUAAUUUGUAUCAGAUGUCAAGAGCUGUGUCUGCCUCAUUGGGGUUUUGCUUUAAGUGUGCUACAGCAGGCUCACAGUAUCACAGGCAUUUGUGUGUAAAUGGCAGUGUUUAAGACACUAUAGGAAAUGGCAGCUGCUCUGAAUUGUGAUGCAUGUGUGUGUGUGUGGUGGUUGGGGGGGUGGUGGGGUAAAAGACUGAAAUUGCAUCACUAAAUGUACAAAACAAGUACAAUCGAUUCAACACAGUACAACUGAACACAAACAAAUGCAAACAAAACUAUAGAAAACCAAUCCAGAACAAUUGUGGUCCCAUUCAACACAAUAGCAACUGCACAAUUAUGUUAGUUAAAUCCGAUUCAUCUUUUAAUGUAAUAAAAACAAUAUAACACAGUUUAAGUUAAGACACACAGUCUUGAUCUUACUGUGUCAGGUAUGCAUUCCCACACGCUGUAAAGUUUACUCUACUUUGGUGUCAGCUGCUGGGACUGAAUCACACCAAUGACAGUGCAGAUUUGUUUCAACAGAAGGAACCAGCAUUGGACUCUACAGGCUGCGUAAAUCAAUGAAUCCCUUGCAGACAGAGGAGACCUCCUCCCUGCUUUCUACACUUCUAAUACCGAAGCCUGUCUGGCUGUUUGAACUCGUAGGAAUCCCCAUUUAUCAUACCUCACAGCCAUUAGAGGUUUUCUUUCACAAUUAGAUUACCUCUCCUUUGUUUCCAUUCAUCCAUGUUAUUCUUCAUUUUGAGGCAGUAACUGUCCCACUUUCACCUGUCCUCUCAGAACAAAGGGGAUUCUACAUCGUGUGUGAUGUCAAUGUUUAUCUUCUCUAUGAUUUCAUCACAUUUUGAUAUGUUGACUUCUUUGAACCAUUUCAAACCCAUCAUUUUACUUCAAGUGUUCAGUUUUGAAACUAAAAGAUGGUAGAUUAUCUGAAUUAAAGUUGCAGCAACAAGCCGAUUUCGCAAAGUAAUUUACCUUGGGACAUUGAUCCUUGUAGAUAAAUGGCCAUGUUCUGAUCAUAGAGGGUCUGAGUCCUACAGCCUGACCUUUGGCCACUUUCCAAAACCUGACUUUGCUUUACUUCAGCCAGAAAUAUAUUUUCAAGCUGUGAGCUGACAACUGGCCUCUCUAUACGAUGCUACUACAUUAUCACCUGCACCGCUGUGCCCUUGAGUGAUGUACUCGCAGGACCCCGAGCUGUCACACUUAAGCGGACCGUGUGCUCUGAUUGGUGUCCAAGAGCUCUCUCUCAGGAGGCAGUCUGCCAACACAGACCACACGAUGUUAAACAUCCACUAAUUUGAAGAGAAAAAGAGCAUUGAUGUAUCCUCGGUUAAAAUAAUCAGAAUUCCCCUUUACCAGGGGGCUAUAUUAGAGUAGACUCUUUAAACUCAUUUUCACAUUUCACUUUAUUAGUCUGAGACACCCGGUGUCCUGAAACCACUCAUUUCAACACUCUUCAGUCUCUGCCUGAACCUCUCAGGGUUCCUUUUCCAGAGAUAUAAAGUUAGAUGCUGCUUGUAGUAGGUCUUUUUACAUGGUUCUAUUGUCACAAGAUGACUCCAAAUGUUACGCCUCUGUAGAAAUUGUCUGGAGCUAGCCUGUAGCACCUACUUAGCUCCCCAUUUAGCCCCAUCAGACUACAAGAAAAACAUGAUUUUCAUCAGGGUGGGUCUUUAAAUGCUCAGGUCUGUGUUUUUGAAUCAUCAAACAGUUAAGAUCCAGGAUACAUACCUUUUUAAAUCUGGUCAAAAUUGUGAGUUUGAUUCAACUCACAGUCCCUGAUUGGCCAGGCCUUCCCCUAUGCCAGUACCCCUAACUAAUCUGCUCACACAUUUAUAACAUUUGGCAUUAAAUUCAUGCUCUGAUAUGGAAUUUAACAAGUCUCUAUGCAAAAGUGUUUCUGCAAUAUCUAGAAAAGUAUUUAAUCCAGUCAUUAAAUCAACCUCUGGGGUGCUGCAGAUAUCAUAUUGAAACCGUUCAACCUCACUGAACACCCCCCACCCCAACCUCCACCCUGAGAAAUUGAUAUCAAAGCCAGAUACUGUAAGCAGGGAGCAGAGCGCACUGGGGCAAGGUAAAAGCCUGGUUCUGUGUGGUUGCAGAUAUACUGUAGGCUAAUUUGAUCUAUUAACUCCGGUGCCUCCUGCAACUUUCAGGCAUCCAGGUGGGGCUAAAAUUGGAUCUGGAGGGGCAUUAGGGUGAGCUAGGAGUGGUGGUGAGCCUAAUGUUUUGAUUUUACACCUAAGCAGAAACAGCAGGAACAGACACAUUAAGGUAUUAAAUUGAAAUGCGAAACAUUUUCUACAUAAUGUACUACAGUGGUGCUACAGUGAAACACCUGACUGCUCUGAAUGCAUAGCAGAUAAGUAUGUAGGACUGCAGCCUUGCUUGGGUCUGCAUUGUGCCAUGUAGGGGAGAGUGGGGUAUGAUGAGCCAUUUUUCAUAUUUUGGAUCACCUCAUCAGGGAAAUCAUAGUUUUGUCUUUAAUUAGUGUGUCUGCUUAUAUUUCAAGAUGUUGUGCAUCCCUGCAAACCAACAGAAUGAGUGUAAACAUAACUGUCUUGAUAAUAUAGCAUGCCAAAAAAGUGAAAUAAAUGUCUAACCCCUUUACCCAUGUGCUUCUAACCCAUCUCCUAAAUAUUUGGUCACAUGAUCAAUUUCUUUUACCAUUUACAAGCAACUGGGGGGGCUCAACUUACCCCACUCAGGCAGCCUGAAAGUUUUGAUAAAUGCACAUGUUGCGUUACUUUUUGUGCUUGUGUAUUUUAUGAAAUGGUUUUAGGAUAAACUUGUGACUCCUCUGCAUUAAAGUCUUAAAAAUCAAGAAACUGUGUUCCAGAUGACAGGUCAGGUAAAGCAACAUUUUUGUGAUUUCAUUGGAAAACUGGAAAAAAACAGAUAUAGAAAACAGACAUCAAUUUGUUGUUUCAGCUAUGGGAGCAGUGAAAUACUCCACAUCCUCUUAGUAAAGUCAAUUUGAUUUACCCUGCAUUCCAGCUGAUAGACUUUUCAAUAUGGGGAAAUGAAAUCAUCCUCGAAGCACAUGAGUGCAGCGUGACGACCAGAAGAUUGGUGCUCCUUCUGUUCCUGAUUUAAUAAUCCACUUCUGGCUGCAUCUAGGUUUUAUUACCCCAGACUGCUGAUGAUUUCAUUAUAAUGCACCAUGUGAUAGCUCAGGGAGUAGUGUAUAAGUGAAAACAACAAGAAUCCUGCCAAAUGAGUCAUUUUUUUCCCUGACCAGGUGUAACUGAAUCUGCCUUGCUGACACACCUUCACACAGACCUUCAGUUUUUCUCGAGCUCUGCCUAAGGAAACCUGUUCAACAUUUAAUGACGCCUAAUCGGAUCUAUGAAGUCUGGAAAAUCCUGAUAACUCUCAUUAAACUAACAAUCCUAAGAAAGAGAGAGUCGAGUAUUGUCAGCUUGUUUGUUAUGAACUAAGAAGUUAUGAAGUAAUUAUCAUGGGCCUGGGUGAGUACAAUUACCUCACCCAGGCCCGUAAUAAUUAUGCCACUAAUGCCAACGGAUAAUUGCGUUGUGAAAGACCCUGAACCUCACAGUCAUUUCUUCUGCGGUAUCCCAUUAAAGGUCUCUAUGGCUCGGUCUAAUGAUGUGUUCUGCAGCUUUUUAACACAGUUCUCGAUCCUCCCUCAUUUUUCCUUUUGUCAUUACUUUCUACAGGGCGGUGCUUGUUGAAAACAUCCCUGAUGACAUCUCCUUCAUGGACAAUGCUUCAUCUCACCUCCCCCUCUCAGUGGGCCUGUACAGCUUACUCGAUAACGCUAUCCGGGCUGUUGAGAUCGUUUCCCCUCAGUGGCUGCUCAACUCUUCUGAUUAUGAAUCCAGCUUCCAGCCUGCUGCCAGACAGGUAAAACCAGGGCAAGCCAAUAGAGACUUCUAUCAGCAGUAGAUGUGAUAUUUAUUUAAACUCUUGAUCUAUUCAAUCGUCUCUGUCUCAACUGGCCUCUUAAGCUCCUCUUCAUACUAAAAGAAGUGGAAGAGUGAAUACCCAGGUGCUUUACUUCAGGACAGGACUUUUAAAAUCUCCUCAAGGAAAGUGCACUUCUCAAAGGGGGCAUUUUAAUCCGCCAGUUAACUCUGAAUAGACAGCAUAAUAGAAGAAUAGCAACAAAGGAUCACCUGAGCACAAGUCAGUAACCUCUCAAAAUCCAAAAUUUCUGCUGAAGAGCAUGUCUGCAGCAUUUUAGGCUGCUUCAAGUGAGCUGUUUAUUUGAGAUUUUAGCUGGAUGUGUGUUAUUGACAGUAGCCUGGAGGGCCAGUCAGGCAGUUCACACAUGCUCCCAUACACACCCACUCACACAGGACAGGGCUAAUGAAUGCCUGAGGCUGUUGAUUGGUAAGUAAUAGCUCUUUUCAGAGUCCUUGGGGCAGAAAGGAGCUAAUGGCCUACUUGCCUGAAGCUCUGCGGUGGAAGAAUUUAACAAAGUGUCAAAGUUGCUGAAGGAGGAAUUUCAGAACGGUAUGGACACAGCCUUUCAAUAUACUUCUGUCUUUUAAAAUACAGUACGUUUAGCAUUUUAUAUUUAUGAUUUAUUUUUCAAUCCCCAUAAAAUGGACCGCCACAAGAGAGCUUUCUACAUUUCUGGGGUCUAUAGGUCCCCUUUAGGUGGAUGACGGAGAUCCCAGAGGGAUGCAAGGCUUAUUUGUCUGCUUAGAAUUUACUCAAAUGAUUGAAACUGGCUGGAUAUAUGUGUGUGUGUGUGGAUGCAAUUCUAAUGGAAUACUUUUUGUCUUCACUUCAUCUGACAGUAAAGCAUCAGAAUACAACAAUAGGUGUUUUCAAGAGAUCAAAAUUUGUGAACCACUGAAAUAGAGGGCUUAAAGCAGCACUUAUUUAGAUGCCUUGACUAAAGAGAAUUCAACCGGAAAAGAGUUUUACAUGUACAUUUUAUCUUCCUCUGACUUAAAGUGUGCUUUUGGAGUUGUACAUCUACGCUACUAACCUUUUAAGACCAAUUGUUUCUCUACCUGCACAGUCAUUGCAACAAUGCAAAUCCUCAGCUCUUUAAUUAAUUCACAUCUCAGUAGUCUCGGUGUGCAGUGAGCCAUCCACAUCCACUGGGAUUGAUGUGCAUCUGCAUAUCAGUGUUGACUGGUUUAAAUCCUGACUACCACUCCAGUGUACUCCCUAAAAGCACACACAUAUCUGACUUUUGAGUUUGUUCAAAACAGAAACACAUUCAUAACAUGAAAGUAAAGGCUUCACUUUGUUUCAAAAUGAUCUGCUGAAAAGAUUCAACCCACACAUGGUUUAUUUGUUGGCAAGAAGUAUGUAAUAUUGUACCUUGAAUGACUGGAUGUUGCAAUUAUAACUGACCUAACAAAGAAAAGCAUGUCCCCAACAGACAGAGAUACUAAAUCAAAACAAAAGAGAGAUAUCAGAGUUGCUGACUACACACAAAGGAGCUCUGGAGAAUAAAACACAGAAAUAGCAGGAAUGAAAAUCAAAGAGCAUUGGUUUUAUGUGACAUAGGAGGUCUCAUGAUUUGUCUUUUUCAGGGUAAAGAUCUGCUGUCCAAGCUGCAGGGACUGAGAGCUAGAGGGAUCCAACUGAAGAUCUCCAGUGGGGAUAUCAGCUCAACUGAGCUCGACACACUCGCCAAAUACAAAAGUGACCCCUGCUUUGUUAUUUGUGUGUUUGUGUUUAAGUUUGCUGCAGCUCAACUCUUUUCAUCUUUUUCCUCAUUUGCCUUUGGGAUAUUUUGUUGAUGUUGACCUUGUUUCUGUCUUUCACCAGGUCUUACUUUGCCUCUUAUUUGAGUGCAUUUUCUUUUUGUUUUCUUUUAAUUUAUGUCAUGUUCAUGUUUCUCUGUACCUCUCCAAUACUCUUUAUUACUAGGUGCGGAUAUCCACUAUGUGAACAUGACAGCGCUGACCAAAGGCCACCUUCUCUCCUCCUUCUGGGUCGUGGACAGGAGACAUAUCUACAUUGGUAGUGGCAGCAUGGACUGGAGAUCUCUCGCCACGGUUUGUAAAAUUCACCACACAUCUAUGGAGGACGAAAAGAGACAGAAUGAAUAUAUAAAUACAUCUAUAAAUAAAUACUUAAAUGUGUCAUUAAUUAACCAGUUCAGUUAAUGUAGAAACGUAUAUUAUUAUUAUUUCACUAUUUAACUAAUUAUUUCAUGGACCUGUGUUGCAGUGCUUCAUGAAUUUAUUUUAUCUGUAAAACUCACAAGUCAGUGGGCGGAGCCUAACACCUGAUUGGUUGCCCGUCACAUCAAGUAAAGACAGAUCUACUCCAGAUAAUGGAUUGAUGCAGCCACUCUACGGUCAAUAUCUUGGUCGGAGAGUGCGAAAAUAACUCCAAAAAAUUCACUCAAUUCCUUAAUUCUCUUUUUGUCCGUCAUACACAUCACAACACACACAGAAUCACGCAUUCACCAGGACAAACAUACAUACCUGAACACACCUCAUAGUGCUAUGGUGUUAGAAUAUCAGGUGUAACACAAGCUCUGCAAAAAUGGUCACAUUUAUGAAACUUCGUCCACACUCUGUAUUGCAGGAUUACAUGAAACUGGAUUUAAAUCACAAGACCUAUUUGUUCUCAUGCAAAGUGCUUUAAGAAUGUUGAACAGGAUCUAACUCAAUUGUCCAGAAUUGUAGUUCCCUGCCCUCUAAACAACUCCAUAUUUUGACAAAUUUUGUGUGUUAUUUGUUUCAUUCCAUGACUUUCAGUCUGCUGGUAAAACAGCAUGAAUAGCCUGUUAUGUGUGUGCCUGGUUGGUCAAAAUUUGCUGCAUCACAUUACACAGGGCCACAGAUGUCCAAAGAUUUUAGGGAGCGGUUUAUUGGCAUGUGGACUGCAGCAACAUCCAGCAGAGCUGUUGCCCUUGAAUUGAAUCAUCAUUUCAAAACCAAAAGCCAUCUUCAGUGUUGUUUCCAAGAAUUUGGCACUACAUCCAACCAGUCUCAUAAACCUUUGCAACACGUAACCAUGACAGCCCAAGAUCUCCAGGUAUAUCUGUGGAGUUGUUUUGUGUAAAACUACAUAUUAAAAAUUGGUCCUUUAUUAUGACUGGACACAUGCACAUCUCGGUAUCCCAGAUCUGUCAGCUGCCUGUCAAGAAGCAUUUACCAUAACUCUUGAAAUAAAGGAGCAUAAACAAAGAUCAGCAACACUUUAUCUGACGCCUAUCUCUAUAACGCAUUAUAAAUAUAUGUAUAAUGCGUUAUAAGCAUGUUAUAGCACUGUAUAACUAUAGUUAUAAACUUACAAGGUCAGGUAUUAUAAUGUGUUAUAACUGUUAACAACAGUUGCAUUAUCUAUGUUGGCAUUGUCAGUGAGUUGUUAACAGUUAUAACACAUUGUAAUACCUGACCUUGUAAGUCAUGAUAAAAUGCUUUAUCAUGUGUUAUGAUUAUUUCUAUAAAGCAUUAUGAUCAUUAAUAAGUGUUUAUAACUAUACUUAUACAGUGCUAUAAUGUAUUUAUAACGCAUUAUACAUACAUUUAUAAUGCAUUAUUGAGAUAGGCGUCAAAUAAAGUGUUACACAAAGAUCUAAGAACAAGGCCCAUAUAUUUACUGACAUUAUGUGAACACGUUUUUAGAAAUACCGAGACUAUUAGUAACCUCAUGUCACAUGGCAGUGUCGUCUUCCUCAAAAAGUUGCAGAUGAGAGUUUUCCAGGGUUUGGUCUUUUGUUGAGGUGGCAUCCAAAAAUAGAUGGUGGCCUUUCUUUCAUCUUCCACUUCAAAGCUGAGUUUCUUGAAUGGUUCAUUAAAGUGUGGAGCGCUUUGUUAGGCAGCUUCAUCUAUCCUUGGACACCCAGAGAUACAGUGGACCUUGAUUUAGGAGGAUGGAUUGCAAGGAGCUCAAGGUGGCCAUCAUAAAUCAAAACUUAUGAGGACAUUUUUUUAAUACGGCCCAGCAUGAAUUCUUAACCAGCGCUGAUUUAUACAUGUGGAUUAAUACAUUUAUAACCCGUAGACCUAACACAAUUGUUAAGUCCUCUCUGUGUUAUUGAAUGAAUGUAAGAAAUGCUCAGCACAGCUCACAUUCUCCCCUGGAUUUUUAAUCUUUUUCAGAGUGAUUGUUUGUGUUUGAAGAGAUACAAUGACUUGUGUCAAAUUAUAUUUUGGUAAAUGGGAUCAAAGCUCUAUUUGAAAUAUUUUGCUCAUGUAAACACUGCAGGGGAGAGAGUGACUGCAGAGAGACUAAGAAGGCAAUUUAGAAAGCACAAGCUGGUAACCUGAAUUUGAGAAGUGCCUCGCAGAAAUGAGAAAAACAGCUGAGAGCAAAGAAAGGAGAUUGAAAACAGAGAGAAGCACCGCUGUUGUGUCUUCUCAUUUCCUGCUGUUGCUGUGGCAUAUGGUGGAGGUCUGUGAUUGGAUGAGAUGUGAGGAAAUUUGGCCUGACAAAGGGAAGGAGCUUGUGUUAAUAGAUGGAGGUAUAAAAACUGAAAGACAAGAGGAGACAGUUUAAGAUAAAAAAAAUCAUGGAUAAACUGCUAAAACGAUGGAUGAUAUCUUUAUUAAUGACGGUGAUGUUUGGGAUAAUCACAUAUGUUGUUUGUUUCGAUAUUUUUGGUGUGCUAACUGGUUAUUGUUUUCCCUCCCCAGAGGAAAGAGCUGGGUGUGCUGUUGUACAACUGCAGCUGUCUGGCCCUGGACCUUCACAGAGUGUUCAGCCUGUACUGGGGGCUCCAGUACAAAGACUUCAUCCCCUCCUUCUGGUCUAAGCGUCUCUUUGCCCUCUUCAACAGGGACGAACCUCUGAAGCUCACUCUCAACAGCACAAUGGCUAAGGCCUACGUCUCUGUGAGUCACAGUUAUGGCAUCACUUUUAAAUACACCAGCUCAGGGAUAAGAACAGCAGUGUUGUUGUGAUGGAGACACUAUGCACAAGUUAAGAUUUGCCAAAUUAUGAUUUAUGAAGUGUUUUAAAUUGACAGGAAAGGGUUGUUACUUCCAGAUUUUAUAAUCCUUUAUUUCAUUUUGAUUUGAUCUGAUUUAUUUGGAUCCCCAUUAGCCAUGGCAAUGCCAAAGCUAUUCUUCCUGAGGUCCAUCAAACAACCUCACAAUGCAUCAGUGCAAAAUAAAUCAAGAAAUAAAGAAAUAUCACAUACAAUACAAUCUUUGUUCAAAUACAGGACAAACAAAAACAGAUAGACAAAUAAAUACAAACAGGUAUACAACACAUGGACAACCCAAGAUAGCUCCAGGUCAGCAGCAACACACAAUCUCCACAUAUCAUAAUCUCAAAAUAGGUGAAGCUCUAUGAUGAUUAGGUGUUUCUUGAUUAACUUCUUAAAAAGUAUUUUACUAUUUUCUUGUGUAAUGUUUUCUGGUAAUUUGUUCCAUUCUUGCAUAGCUCUGUACAUAACCAUUCGUUUUAUUGUGUUUGUUUUUGUUUUGGAUAAUGUUAAAUUUCCUCUAGUAGCAUGUCUAGAAGUAUAGCCAUGUCUAUCAGAACUAAUUUUGCAUUAAAUUUGCAUUUUUAUACAAAAUUGAAGGUUUUUUGUUAUUACAAUAUUUUUAAAGAAAACCAGCAGUGAAUACAAUCAUCUCUUUUAAACUGAUAGCCAGCCCAGAAAGUUGUGCAUGGCUAUGAUGUUUGUUCUGUAACUGCAAUUCAAAGCUGUUCUUGCUGCUCUAUUUUGUACAAUUUGGAACUAUCUAUCUAUCUAUCUAUCUAUCUAUCUAUCUAUCUAUCUAUCUAUCUAUCUAUCUAUCUAUCUAUCUAUCUUUUUACAACAGAAACAUCAUUUUAGUGAUGCCAGUGGAGAAUUCAUUUUAAACAUAACACAUCUGUCAGUUUCAUCACUUCCCUUCUUAACAUGAAACCAUGUUGUGUCUAUUUCUGCGGUAAUCCCAAGCUUACCAGGGUCAAGAACAGCUAACCAUAAAGUUUCCAUUUAAGAGUCGCUUCCAUUACCUUAAUUUAUCUCACGUAACAGGUGGCUCAUAAAAAUCAAUGUCAUUUAAUUUCAGACAGUAUGUUGGAACAGACUGUCCCUCGACACAUCAUUUGGCACUCUGAAUCAGAAAAAGCAACAGCUGCACUGACCUGCACCUGCUAUUCAAAAGUCCCAAAGCAGAUAUUAAUAAACAUUAUGACACGUUACAACAUUUAUAUUAACUUGCAUUUUGCACUGUGGAUCACUGGAACAGCUUAAUGGCACACCUAAAGGAAAAAAAGAGCCCUACUAAAAGAGUCUCCUUUAUAUUUCCUUUUCACAUCAGCCAAAAUAUCAUGAACAAAGUUUUUUUAACGCAAUAUUUCACAAGCAUGUAGUUUACUCUUGGAAAACUCCUUUAAAGAUGAACUUUUGGUUUUUGUUGGUUCUUGUGCACAAAGUGAUACCUCUUAUCUCUUGCCCUGUACAUGUGAAAGUUGUGUUUUCAGACAAAAUCAUCAUCCUGUUGUGCUUUAUUGGUGAAAAUUAUCAUUCAUUGAGAGUAUCUGCCAUACAAAAAAUCAAAAAGGCUUUUUCCUCAGCCUGUUGGUUAUCCACCUCGACAACAACUUACAACAAAGAAAUUAUCGAUCUUGUUGCUGAUGGGCUUGCUUGUUUCAGUAUAAGUUUUUUUCUCAGCGACACUUAACCCACUUGUUUUUGCACUGUUCUCCAGUGUGACACAUACACGUCCUUUAGCCCACAAAUCCCCACUGAUCAGCUUACCUGUUUAUGAUGCAACAAGUCUCUGAUAUAAUGUGAAGUUUAAAAAUUCAGUACCUCAUUUUGACCAUUUUAUUUAGUGGACACAGUGAUGCGUUCAGAGUUUGUUACUCUUGCUUAGUCUUGCACUUCCACAGCUUACAAAGUUUGUUUUGACAAAGCAAACUUUGUGUGUGUUCAUUGGUUGCAAUAAAGACACAGUUAGAGCUGAACACCUCUGUUAAAGACUCACUUUAUUGUUUUUCUUAUCAUGAAAAUUGAAUUAAGUGGGUGAAACAGCUGUGCUUACGUAGACAAGGAACCCUAGCUGGUGAGAAAUUUAGACUGCAGUCAUAUGCUGGUAUUCUCUGGUUCCGUUCAGGGCUUUUAGAUGACAGCCAUGUGCAAGACAAGACAGAAGUCAGACCCUAAUGGGAAUUUAAUUGAGUGAAAUGAUUUGGAAGAUGAUUAGACUGUUAUUAUAAUAACUGAUCCUGAUGGUCUUGUUCUAACUACUGCUAAAACCUUUACCACCUACAACAUGUGUGUUCUGAGAGUGGAAUUAAACAUUAUCCAGGUGUAGCUCUUGCUUUGCUUACCCAAUGCUAAUACUUCUCAACUGUUGUCUUUCCUCUUCUAAUGACAGAGCUCCCCUCAGGUUUUCAUCCCAAAAGAUCGCAGUAGUGAUUUAGACGCCAUUUCCAGAGUCAUUCAGGAGGCUCAACACUUCAUAUACAUCUCCGUCAUCGACUAUCUGCCCCUCCUGAGCAGCAACGCUCGCAGGUCAGAACCACUCUACUACUGUUGGAUUUGCUUUACUUAAACUGUUUGACUGGCUUAAAUCUUCAAAAGAUUGGAUGCCUUGACUUUGUGUUUAAACUUAGUGUGUCUGUGCAUCCGUCUGGCUGCGAGCCCAACAUUUUUGUUUUUAUCUGUGCCAAGGUACUGGUCUCAUAUUGACAGUCUUAUCCGGGAGGCUCUGAUCCUAAGGAAGGUUCGGGUGCGUCUGCUGAUAAGUUGCUCGGAAAAGACUCAUCCACUCACUAUCAACUUCAUCUGGUCCCUGAGGAGUUUGUGCAUGGAGCAAGCCAACUGCUCGCUGGAAGCUGUAAGCACAAGGCCACUACGUACUAUUUAACACCCUGGAGAUACACGUUAUCUGUGUUUAUAGCGAAAAUGUGUGUGUGUUUGUGUUUGUUUGUGUGUAUAGAAGUUUUUCAGCCCCAGAGUGCAGAGGGACGGCAGUCUCCAGGGAAUAAACCAUAACAGAUUUAUGGUGACAGACCAAGCCAUUUAUUUAGGUGAGCUCAUCUGCAAGGUUUUAUGACUGUGCUGGGUAUCAUCUCCACAAGGUCGUUUUUAGGUUACUUUGAAGAAAAGUUCAGGUUUUUGAAAGUGCAGUCACUUCUAGAGAAGAGUCAGACGAAAAGAUCGAUACCACUUUGUGUUCUUAAAGUAGAGAGCAAAGGCCAAGAGAAGAUUAGCUUAUCCUGGCUCUAAGUCUUGAAGAGAGAGAGAAAGAGAGAUAGCCUUACACUCCAGCAAAGACAAAACUGGCCAUCAAGCUUCUCAUAAGUGGAUAUCUUACACAAAAUCCAAUUACUUCCUACACCUACAGUGAUGUUAAAAUAAUUAUAUGUGGUUUUAGAGGACAAAGCAACAGUCUCCCACAAAUAACCUUACAGCUCUUAAACUGCCUCCACACUUUCUACUCUGAGAUUCCAUUGCAGUGUUGUCUAGCACCACUGUAGUAACACUAAAUCUCAAAACAUUAUGAUGCCGGUGUGAGAUAUUAAGUAGUAUUUUAGCUUUACAGAAAAAAGUAACGACUAAACUACAGUAAGACGACAGCUUAACUUGCAUACCGCACUGUUCUACUGUGCUGACAGUGAUGCUGGUCCACCUCUGACUCCAUGACCCAAUAUUUCACUGUUCUCUAUUACACCUCAGUGACCUUUACUUGGAUGAUGAGAUCUUGAAACUGAGAAAAAAAACUACUCAGGGUUUCUGGUACUUUUAAAACAAUACUUUGUAGUAGUGGUGGCGCUUACACAAGAUCGUGUAGAGAAAUAAAUUCUUUAAGCGGUACAUUUACACCGAAGACUUCAACCACCAGAAUAAAACACGUUUGAAUUGGCAUAGAGGGAGUUUGUCUUUCUGCAUUAUUCUAAUCUUUAGGAUUUCACACCAUAAAAAGGCGGCUUACACUCACAGGCUUGCUUCUUGACAAACAAGAGUGUAUCCUUCUGCCUUAUGCUCCAAAAAGCACUCAAGACUUCGUCACAGCUCUACACACUAAUGAAAACACUGCAGACUUUUCCUCUCACAUUACUAUCUGUGUAUGGAUUAAUCAAUCAAUCAUGAAACAAGUUGUUCGUCAGUGACCUUUAAAAGUGCUGGUAGUCAUAUCUUUUUAAGUUCUGAGAGAGCUACGCCAGCUGUUUCCAUUCUCUUUAGGUUUUUAUGCUUAGCUAAUCACCUCAUGUCUUCAGUUGUGGUCUUAAAGCAAAGACAUGAAAGUGGUAUCGAUCUGCUCUUCAUCUAUUCAAAAGGAGGCAAAGUAAUGAUCAAUAAUUACCAUAAAAACAAAACUUUUCCUGUAAGUUUUAGGCUUUAAAGAGAUGGACGACUUUGUCAUGGCAGUUUUAAAAAUUGUGUGGUUUUUUUUUACCUCCGUGUGCUGACAGGUAACCUUGACUGGAUGGGGAAUGAGUUUGCCUUUAAUGCAGGAAUCGGCUUGGUGAUCAGUCAACCGGAGGGCAUCAAAGAGAGGAACUCUACAGUGGUGGAGCAGCUUCGGGCUGCUUUUGAGAGAGAUUGGUUUUCACGAUAUACUCGCUCUCUGCAGGCCAAUAAGAUUCCCCUCUGCAGCAAGCACCACAGUACCAGGAUGAUGCCAGUCAGAAGCAGCCACAUAGAAAACGGAACCGUGCCUAUCAGAAUAGGUCACCAUGAUAACGACCCUGCACCACUGAGAAACAGUCACAAAGAUGACAGACAGAGGGUGAUUAAAACAAAGCACCACGAGGACAGACUUAGCAAAGUAGGGGGCCAAGACAUUGCCAAUGGACUGGCACCAAUCAUGGACAGGGUUCAAGUAAAAAUGGGUCACCCUGGCAGACAGGUGCAAGUCAAAGAUAAUCCAACGUAUCCACCCAGUCAGUCUGCAGAGAGCAGUGGCAGCAGAGAGAUCUUAAAUGCAUCCCUGUGA